UUGUUUUUUUCUUCCUCCUCCUCCUCUUCGGGGAAAGAUGUCCGCCGCCGGAGAGGUGCUGGAACGGAUGGUGGUUUCGUCGGAAUUGAGCGGCUCCGGUGCCGCCCCCGCUGCGGUUUCUCCGUCCACGGCCUCGCCCUCCGCCUCGGUAGCUGUGACGGCAGCCGUCCCCACAGUGACGGCCGUGGCGGCGGUUGGAGGAGGCGGCGAUGAGGAGGAAGAGUGGCUGUAUGGCGGUAAGAGUUAGUCAGACCGUGCGGCCCCCGGGCCGGAGCCAGGACACACCGAUACCGGUUACACCACAGGGACGUGGAGCUAAUGGACCUUGCACCGUCACUGUGUGCAUGUGUCCAUCUGGGAGGCCUGACACACUGUGCACACUACAUCUUUAUUGUAUAAUAAUAUAUACACACCAUAGAAACCAACGGGGAAAGCCCUACCUCCACACUGUACACACUGCACCUUUAUUGUAUAUUAUUAUUAUUAUUAUUAUUAUUAUUAUUAUUAUUAUAUACACACCAUAGAAACCAACGGGGAAAGCCCUACCUCCACACUGUACACACUGCACCUUUAUUGUAUAUUAUUAUUAUUAUUAUUAUAUACACACCAUAGAAACCAACGGGGAAAGUCCUACCUCCACACUGUACACACUGCACCUUUAUUGUAUAUUAUUAUUAUUAUUAUUAUAUACACACCAUAGAAACCAACGGGGAAAGUCCUACCUCCACACUGUACACACUGCACCUUUAUUGUAUAUUAUUAUUAUUAUUAUUAUUAUUAUUAUUAUAUACACACCAUAGAAACCAACGGGGAAAGUCCUACCUCCACACUGUUAGUACUUUAUAACUUUUUAGGCCAAAUACUCAUGAUGAGCGCAGUGGCAUUUCUUUUGAAAUUCCAACACCCUCACAAGAUCUAAGACAGACUAGGACCAACUUUGUCAUAUAGAGAGGUCUGGGAUUUGGUGAAACUUGCCAAAAGGUGCCGUUUCCAACAUCAGAUUUUUGUCAUUUUCCUAUCAGCUGUGUAGAUGACUGAGGGGGAGGGAGGGGAGGGCACUUCCUGGAUCAUAGCAUAGGAAACCUGUGCUAGAGCGUCGCUGGACGUCCUCACGCUGUGUGAGGACCUCCAGCGUCACUCAUUUCCCCAUAGGAAAGCAUUGAAAUGCAUUUUCAAUGCAUUCCUAUGGAGAGUGCUAAUGCGCAUACGCGGCAUUGCCGCGCAUGCGCAUUAGGUCUCCAUGGCCGGUGGACGGGAUCAGUCUCGCCAACCCGCCGACGCAAUCAAUAGGAGGAGAGGCGGCGGAGGGAGAAGCAGCGACGUUGGACAUCGUCGCUGCCUCAGGUAAGUUACUUUCAGCAACCGGGGAUUGGGGGGUGGGAGGAAGAGGGGACCUGCAGUGCCAGGAAAAAGGAGUCUCCCUUUAAAGGGACACGCCCCUUCCUAAAUACAAAAUAAAUAAAAAUUAUGGUCCUGUACUUAUACCUCAAAUGGAAACUUGCAUGCAUUUUUUUUUUUUUUUUUAAUUGUGGGUAUAUCUAAAAACAGCUUUCAAAACUUGCAGUUUUCUUGUCUCCUGCCUUUUUUAUCAGGGACUUGCCUGUGCAGCUCGGUGAGAAGUCAGGUACUCUGAGCAAUAGCCUGCCUCUUGAGUUGAGCUAAGCAAAUCAGGAAGCAGCAGGACCUGUUGUCAGGGUUUUGUACGUGUAAAUUUCUAUUGAAACCUGCACUUUUUGCAAAAUGAAAAAAUAGUACACACUCAACACGUAAUGCUUUUCAGCAAGCUAAAGUUUUUUAUGGGUCUUGAGUGUCCCUCUAAAUGCAAGUACUCGAACUGAGCAGUAACAGAUCAGUGGCAAAGCGGAUAGGCUGGGCUGGAGCAUAUUUUCAAAUGAGGGAAGAGAUGUAAGCAGGAGCACAGUUAUGGAGCUUUGUAGGUAAACAGAAGAACCUUGAACCAAAUCAUAAAAAGAACAGAAAGCUGUUGAGGUGUGAGAUUUAGUAGGCGUAAGGUAGUCUGGCAGUUAUUCAUUAUGGACGGUAGAGGUGCAUUUGUCAGACUGAUAAGCAUAGGAUUACAAUAAUCAAGGUGGGAAACACGGACAAGCAUUUGAGUUGCAUACUGAGCAAGAAAGGUUGGAGGAAAGGUUGCAAGAAAUUAUUUUUUUUUUAGUUGAAAGUGAUAGGGUUUGGUCACUUUAUGUAAGAGGUCAGUCAAAGAGAACACCAACGGAUAGAGCAAUACAUGCUGGAUAGAGGUUAACCUAGUGAGCACGACACCUUGUAGUCAAUUUGCAAAGACCUUGGCAAAUGACUGACCAGCCAUAACAAUCUGUCAAAAAAAUAAAAUCUUUAAUUUAGCUAUAAUUAAAGAACCACUAAAGUCAUUCAGGCCACUUCAUCUCAAUGAAGUGGCAUGGCAUAGGUGUUUUAGAAACUGCAAUGUUUACAUUCCUGGGUUAAACACCCCUUCAGUGGCUGUCAUACUGAUUGCCAAUGGAGGAGCCUCCUGCUGCAGUGAUCACGUAAAAGCAUUAAUUGAAAGCUUUCCUAUGAGGAAAUAUGAUACACCCUAUGUUCAGCAUUAGAUUGGACCGCUGACUAUUUAAGAGGCCAUGCCUCCUCCAUGACCAUGCAGGAGAGAUGAGCAGUGAAGCACUUCAGCUCAAUCAAGUGGUCUGGGUUUUAACAUUUCACACGUAAACAUAGCAGUUUCAAAGAAACUGCUAUGUUUACAUAGAAGGGUUAAUCCAACCUCUAGUGGCUGUCUUCUUGACAGCCGCUAGAGGCACUUCUGUGAUGCUGGAUGUGAAAUUUGCAUCCAGCGUGUAGAACAUACAUUGGAAAGCAUUGAGAAAUGCUUUCCUAUGGACUGUUUGAAUGCGCGUUCGGCUCCACGAGGGAGCCCGGCGCUGGAUUAAGGUAAGUGGCUGAAGGGGUUUUAACUUUUUCAGCCUAACGGGAGGGGGAUCAUGAGGGUGAGGAUCCCCAAGGAUGACAUAAUGUCAGGAAAACAAGUUUAUUUUCCUGACACUAUAGUGAUCCUUUAAUAUUUUUACACCAGACAGGAGCACUAAAGCAUCCAAACAUGGUGAAAAGGCCACCUAAACUAGUAAUUUGUACAUGAGGUUAUUUAACAUUUUAAUAUUUUCAGCUUUUUUGACUUUACUUUAAUAGUUUCAGCUUUUUUGACUUUACUUUAAUAGUUUCAGCUUUUUUGACCUUACUGCCAUACCAAUGGCAACAGGGUUAUUCACUAGUAAGCAUUGUCAGGAAAUUACAAAAUGAAUUGCAAAUUUAAGGCUAAAAUAGCCAAACUGGAAACAAUCUCCCAGUCACAUAUACUUGCCAUUUGGUUUCUUUGGUCUUAAAUUUGAAUUUCACUUUUUAAAUUCCUCACAAUUCUGACUUUAGCGAAUAACCCUAAGUGACAUGUAUUAUUGGCAUGCCAGGAAUUGUGGAUUCCCAUUGCCAUUGCUAUGGGUAGCUGUGGAAUUUGACAAAACUUGUUUGUAAAAGUUACACCUUUUUCAACUUCAGGUUUCACCAUAAAUCAAAGUAGGACCCAUUACUUUGUUUUAUAUAGCUUUGAUUGCAAAGGAAUUUCCGUGAAAUGGCUAUGAAAGUCACCAUAACUGAAUAAUUUCAAAAUAACAAAACCGUGUUCAUGAUAAAUGGUUUUGGCAGCACAGAUUGUAGUAACGAACUUCUGUGAGUAAUAACCCCUCCAUCAUUUACCUAGGUGCCUCCAUUUUAGUGCCCUGACAAUCUGCAUUAUAGAUUUUGUCCUUUUCUAACUGUGAAUAUAAUAAGAUGUAAUAAUAAAACAGUGGUUUUGUUUACUUCAUUUGCAUUCUUUACCCUGCUUCUGCCUGAACUGGUUAUGGUGCCAGGAGUAUUCUAGCUCUUGUAAUUUGUCAAAGUGUGUGUUUUUUUUUUUUUGUUUGUUUUUUUUUUUUAAAGAAUGAUUUGACAAGUUACCUUAGUUGUGCAGGGUUCAACCUAACUUCGUUCCUGUAGAACCUUGCAGGACCUCACUUUGAGUGUGUCAAUGGAGUGCUUUUAGCCAAACAGCACAAACCUGCAUCGCCAUGGUCUGCUUUAGAGACCUCCUUCUUCUCCUGCUGGAGUAGACUGGAUGCAGAGCGGGUGCCCAAAGGUCCCAAGUAAGUGUCAAACUAUACUAAAACUGUUUCAAAAAUUACACUGGAAUUAUACUAAGGCACUCCUGGCACCAUAACCACUACAGCAGGAUGACAAACAUUUGUGCCAAACUCUAUAGUGCUAGAGUACCAGUUAAGAUUCCUCAGCCCCCCUUAGUAAGCAAUUAAAAGGUUUAUAACUUACCUUUCUCCAUCACCAGGCUAGUUUUUGCUUCUGCUGGCCCGUCUCCAUGGCUGAGAUAAUCUUUCUUGAGGAUCUCCGCCAAUCUAAUGCUUUCCCUUAGGAAAGCAUUGGGAGGCUAUUGCAAAUGUGUGGCAGACCAUCACACUGCACCAAUCGGCAUCUUCUCACAGAGGUGCAUUGAAUCAAUGCAUACCUAUGGAGAGCGUGGAGAUGCUUAACGUAGGUGAGACACCUUUAGUGGCUGUCUGAGUGGCAUCCACUCGUUGUGUUUAGGCAGAAAUGUAAACUCUGCCUUUUCUCUGAAAAGGCAGCGUUAUCAUUGCUCAGUCUGCAGGGACAUGCUAUAGAUACAAGAAGCACUGCAUUAAACUCUAGUGCUUCUGGUGACGAGUGUCAUUUUGAAUAACCCUGUUAGCGGUGUAAUAUCCAGAGAAGUGAAAGUUCUGCUUUAUGAUGUGCAACAAAUAUCAAAACAAACAGUUUGACUGUGUAAUUCACCUGUAAAUCCAUUUUAAAAGUUGUACAUUUUUAAAAAUAUAUUUUUUGGCAGUUCUAAAUUUGUAAAUUUUUAAACUUCUGUUGCUAAAAUUUGAACAAGGAACAGCAUCUUGAAUAUGUGUUGACAUUAAGUUUGUCUCUUCUGGUUGCUUUAGAGCAAAGGUAAACUAACCACUUCAGUUUUGUUUCUGUAUGACCCCACAGCCAGUCAUGCUAUUAAUGUUUUGUAGAACAAAGGAAAUAAAUAUUUGGGGUUUAUUACUGCAAUUUCUUUUCAGAUUUAGGCUUGCUAAAUAAACACUCAAAGCACCAUAACAACCUCCUGUUUUAGUGGUUAUGGUACCAGUAGUGCCCUAGUACCAUUCCAGUGUAAUUUGCUUUUAGUACGGUUUGACUAAACUCAAUCCACUGGCCGUGCAUCCGGCUUCUCCUGCAGAAACAUCCAGAUUGCUCUAUAGAUCAAAAAAGUAGCCCUAUAAUUAUGCAUUGUGUAGGUAAUGCACCAAAAAAAGCAAAAAAAACAAACAAAACACUUAAAUAAAAACUAUAUAUAUGCUUACAGUUGCACAUAGACCUCUCUCACACAAAGGUUCAGACACCUCAUUUAUGAACAUCUCACUUUUGUAAUUUUGUGUGGACUGAUCCUAUCCCUUAAAGCUAAUUCCAGACAUGACAUCGAAUGAUCGAAGCUGCUCAAUAAGCUGAAAGCUGCCAAGUGUAUUCAAGCUAUGUGUUUUUAUUUAAUUUGUAUUACACAAACUCAAUCCACAUCUUUUUAGGGGGGGGAUGGGAGGGGGUUGUGAAACUUAUUGAGAUUGCAUUUCCCCAAUUGCCUGUCUCAUCUAUUUUUUUUUUUUAAUUCUUUUAAUAGAAGAAAAUGAAGCUGCAGGUCCGGAUGAUGAUGAGGAAGACAUAACAAGGUUCGUAUUAUCUCAUUUUUAAUCCAUAAUCCUGCAUAUUAAUGGGUGUUUGAUUAUUUAGCUCCUUAUACUAUUCCCAAAUCCAUCUUUUUUUUUUUUUUUUUAAAUCUCUCCAUCAUAGUAUUCCAAUCUUAUACAGGUCCUCAACACUCGGGGCCAUUAAAAAAAAAAAAAAAGCAAUACUCUGAAUGUCUUUUGAUUAAAUAAGAACUAUCACCUCAAAACUAUUUUUUUAAUAUAAUAAUCCUUUCGUAAAGGUAGGGAUUUAGUUUUUUCCGCUCUUCUUUACAUUUUUUUUUUUAUAAUUGAGUACAUGUAAAAUAAAGCGGGGGGAAAAACUAAAUCCCUAUCUUUACGAAAGGAGAUAUAUAGAUAUUUCUGUCAAAGCUUCAUUAAAGUAUUAUUAUUAUUAUAUUAAAAUGUUUUGAGGUGACUGUCCUUUAAAUAGAUCAGAGAAAGUGGUAUAGAAAAUAAUGCAAUAAGUAAAGAGUAGGAUAGGAAUAUAUUUUGGGAAAAUACUAUUGCAGUAAAUUAUCUAAGCCCUGCUGGAAAGGUUAUGUUCUUAUGUGAUUUGCUUAAAGGGGCAGUCAUUGCCUAUUAAAAAUAAUUUAAUUCUUGCAAUUAAUUGGAAAAACUUUAAUUCAGGUUAUUUUCACAGCAUGGCAACUCUUUCACGCACGCUAUAUAUAGUCCCUGACUUCACCUGCAUCGUAACCUGUUCAAUAUAGAAUAAGACAAGGGCAGGCCCAUGUAAAACAGACCCCCACAGGCAACCACACUCAGUCUCAGCAUUGGGGAAGAAAGGACUAGUAUGAAGGACAAGACAGAUUUUAUUGGACAGGGUACAGCAACGUUUUGGCUUUCUGUAUCCUGUUCAAUAAAAUCUGCCUUGGAACUUGUACCAUGUGCCCAGUUCUAUGUUCUCUACUGUAGCCUGUUCAAUAGGCUUCAAUGAAUUCAGCCAUCUGAUGGCUCAUGCACUUCUGUUGCAUGUAUACUCUCUGUACUCAGGAACUCCAGGACAAUGGGGGAAAAAACAUGAUGUACUUCACAGUUCUUACAAAAGGGCAUUAAUGCUUCUUUGGCAUUAAUGCUUCCCAACAUGAAGACUGUCAGUAACUGAAAGUAAUCAGUGUGGAAGUGUCUCUAGUGGCUGUUGACCUAAAAGUCACUGGAGGCGUGUUUAUGGCCAAAUGUAAACAUUGCCAAUCCUCUGGAACCGCAAUAUUUUAUAUUGUCCUGAAAUAGGAACUGGUCUCUGCAGCAGAAGGGAUUAAUUAAAAUGAAAUGGUUUUGGUUCUUAGUGUUCCUUUAAUUAAACACUGGACAAUUUUAAGAUUGGGAUUAUUUCCAGAGCUUUGUUCAUGUUUAAUUUUCUUUAUUUUAUAGUUCUCAUCCAGUCCCCAGUAUUGACGCAGAGACAACUACAGAGAAUGGGGUAGUGAAACCGGUAACUAUGCUUUCUAGAUUUGUAUAACUAAUAUUAGGCAAUUGUCUAAUUAUUUAAUUAGAAAUGUAUCUUGUUUUUACCAGUGUGUAGCUAAAAUGGCAUGGCGGAAAAAUUUCAAGAAUUUUAAAACACGUUUUAGAAGUUUGUUUCAGGCAGCAGAGAAAUUGACAGUGAAACUGCUUAGAAAAUGACACUUGCUAUAGUUGUAUUUCGUUGUAGCAUGUAAACUUUCUUUUUGUCCUAGUGAGAUUUUAAUUUAAUUUAUUUUUUUGUGCAUCAUAGGUGACUGAGACGGAAGAUGACAGUGAUAGCGACAGUGAUGAUGACGAAGAUGAUGUUCAUGUCACAAUAGGUGAUAUCAAAACCGGAGCACCACAGUAUGGGUAAACUUUCUUUAUAAGAUGUGUAUGUUAAAACAUAUGUAACUCUUUAUUUAAAAAAAGAUGGGCGCUUUUGAAUGUAUAUUGCUUGCAAUCAUUUUAUUUUAUAUAUUUUUAGGAGCUAUGGAGCAGCUCCAGUUAAUCUGAACAUCAAAACUGGAGGGAGAAUCUAUGGUCCAGCUGGUAAGGGUUUCAAUUGUAAAUUACUACUGAGCUCUCUUAAAAAUGAAUAUCUCCUUACAAUUUACCACUUGCACUGACAUUUCUUUUUAGAUGCUUGCACUUCUGGGGGGAAAAAAUAUUCUUUCCAGCUGACUCCUUAGUUGCACAUUCAAUGUUCCAGGCCUGUCUUAAAUGAAAGUGUCAUUCUGAGUCAUAAUUCAUGGUUAAAGACCUAUAUAGUAUCGAAUUAUUCCAAUAAGUAAAUACGUUUUUCUUCCGCUUAUGUUGGCUUAUACUUUGUAUGGUUCUGUUUUACCUUCAGGUUGUAUUUAUUUUUACUUCCAGUGCAACAAAACUUAAAAACAAUUAAUGAACAAAAGUGCUCAACAAUGGGGGGUGGGGGAGGGGGGAGAGAGAGAGAAAAUAUAUAUUGGUGCAAUUUUGUCUGAAUAAGUUUAUGUAAAAAAAAAAUAAUAAUAAUAAUAAUAAUAAUUUGAGAGAGAAAGAUUCCUUUGAAUGUUUUCUGUCUGCCUUUCUGGUGGCAACAGCAACCUCUUCUGUAUACCUCCAAUUCUGGAGUGACAAAACACCCUUUAUCCAGGUUUGGAAAUGAAAAAUGCUUUACCAAGAAGACUUGUGUUAAUAAAAUUAAGUGUAUAAGCUUUAAUAAAGAAAUGGCAAAUAAAAAGAAUCUAAAAACAAUAAACUAAAUCAUUCACAAUGUCCUCAAGAUCUCAGACGUGUUUCACCUCUUAGGUGACUUUUGAGAAACCUCAGAUAACAGCCCAGAAGUCCCUCUUAACAACUGCAAUAAUUACCUGCUCAUUAGUAAGGGACCAGAGGUGGUCCUGGUGCCUAGAGUGUCCCUUUAUUGGCCAUGUUGUUAUUUCCUUUUUUGAGUGCUAGCCUGUGGAUCAAAAAUGAUCUGACCAUUGCUUAAUUUUAAAGCACCCACUCUUCAGUAUUCAAAACUGAAAGUGCCACCGUGAAUAAUAAUAAAAACACAAAAGGUUGUAAAGAACAUCUUAACACCAUAUAUUCUUGUUUUGACGUGGCAGAAUGAUGAAUGCUAUGUCAGCCUGUUCCCCCUCCAUCCCCCCCUUAAAAUGAAACAAAACUUCAGUUGACAGUGGACAUCUGAUAUCCAGAUGUAAACUGCCUGUUAGUGUUUUAAAAUGUGUGGAUGUCUUCCAUUUAUGACAAUAUUUCAAUUUGUUUCACUUCUCCUUCAAAUAGCACUGUCAUAGUUAUUAUUGGGGGUUUUUACCAAAAGUUGUGAGCAUUGAUAUUUAAUUGCAAGGUUUAAAUGUGUCUCGGGUAUUAAAAUCCAACCCAAAUACUUCAGAGGAAUCUGCUGAAAUAGUGAGUGUACAGUUAGCCUUUUAUUUCAGGACUAGGCAUCCCUACUGAAAUGUCUUAGAAUUCAGUUUUGUUAUAUAUUCAAAACGUAUUGUUUUGCUUUCAUUCUUAGCAUUUUUUUACCCUACAUGAUGUGGGGUUAUUAGAUCAAAUCUGUUCGAAUCUAGUAACGAGAAAAUGAGAUUGGGGAUAUCUGUACAAACUGGGAAAUCUUAAAUUGUUUAAAAUGCAAUAACCAUGCUUCUUAUUUAUUUUAGGAGGAAAGGUUAAAGGAGUGGAUUUGGAUGCCCCUGGAAAUAUUAAUGGAGUACCACUGGUGGAAGUAGACUUGGAUUCAUUUGAGGACAAACCUUGGAGGAAACCAGGUAAUGAUCUGGGCAAAUUGUAUUUAAAUAAAUUGGGGAUAUACAAUACCAGCAUAUGACUGGGUACGGUGUGUUUUAAAGUAUAUGGAACUUUUUUUAUUUUUGUAAAAAUUUUAAUAGAUUAUCUACAUUGUAGGCCAUAUAAUAAUUUUGAGUGCAUUGUACAGCAAAAUAUAGCUACAUACUAGCUAUAUACUAUAGCAACAUACUGGUACCAAAGUAAAAAGGACCCUACUUCUGUGUGCCUAUGGUUUAGCAGGAGAUGGGAUGUUGUUAGAAAUCCAGUGGUAACUGGCUAACAAAGAGACUAAAUUGUAGGUUUACAUCUGUCAAGUGACUGUUAGAAUUUGAUUAAAUCCUUUCUAAAAUAAGGAUUUUAUUUCCAUUUUUGUUUACUUAAAGGGCAACGGUUAUUUCCCUUUUUAAUAUUGUAGUACCCCUAUAUUUAACAAAAUGUAAAUACCCACACCUUUUUAUCCUGCUACUGGGCGUCUCUUUCUUAGCUGUACUUCACACACCAGAGCUGUGGGAACAAGUGUCUACGUGAUGCUGUAUUUCCACUAGCCAACGGGUCUAGCACAAAUUUGCAUGUAAAGCGUAAUUUAAGCUAUGAGUUUUGCAGGGGCAGGGCAAGAGGUUAUUUGAUUUCAAAGGUGAGGGAAAUGAGGUAUGCGUGACCUAGGGAAUUGUUUGCGAUCUAUGAUUUGGUAAAGUCGAUGGGUAUAAAUGACAUGAUGUCUACACCAACAUUCACAUUAUGUCCCUCUAGUCAUAUGUAUUGACACAAAAUUCUUCUGUGUAUUCAGACACUGACAUAUUAAACAGAGUGCUGUACACGUUGUAUUGGCAAGUAGCUCUAUUAGUUUAGGACUUCAGUAUUUCAUACACGUGUGUAAUUGGAUUACAUAUCAAGGGGAAAUUAGUCACAUCUUUUCUAGUUCUAAUCAAAUCUUAUUUUGUUUUUUUAACACUAAUCUCCAGGUGCUGAUCUCUCUGAUUAUUUCAAUUAUGGUUUUAAUGAAGACACAUGGAAAGCUUACUGUGAGAAGCAGAAAAGGUUACGGAUGGGUCUCGAAGCACUUCCUGUGUCCUCUACAACAAAUAAAAUUACGGUACUACUUGUUACUUUUAAGUAAAAUACUGCAUUGUAGUGUGAACAACAUUAUAAACCCUGUUCCGUCUGAAACCUUCCCAGUGCCAACAGAGAUAUCUAGGUAUCAAUGAUUCUCCUUUAGCUUUUUCUGCUCUAUACAUACACCAGACAAGGCUUAGUUUAGUGUGGACUAAUACAAGUUUUUGGGCAAAUACAGGUUCUUUAUUUAAGCAACAAAAAACAACCUAAAAAUCGUUUCAGUUCUUAGCAGUGGCGUUAUAGGGAAACUCCAGUGCCAGGAAAACAAUCCGUUUUCCUGGCACUGCAGUUCCCACCUCCCAAUCCCCGGUUGCUGAAGGGGUGAAAACCCCUUCGGUCACUUACCAGAGGCAGCUUACACUUACCAGAGGCAUCGCCACGUCGCUGCUUCUUCUGCCGCCGCUCCUCCUCUGCAUUACAUUGGCUAGUGGGCAAGACUGAUACCGCCCACCGGCCGGGGAGACCUAAUGCGCGAAGCAUUGAAAAUGCUUUUCAAUGCUUUCCUAUGGGGAAUUGAGCGAUGCUGGAGGUCCUCACACAGCGUGAGGACGCCCAGCGACGCUCUAGCACCGGUUUUCUGUGCUAUGAAGUAGGAAGUGCCCUCUAGUGGCUGUCUAGUUAUAAAAUAACUGCAAUAAUUACAGUUGCUGGAUUAAGAGUAGUGGGAGUUGGCACCCAGACCACUCCAAUGGGUAGAAGUGGUCUGGGUGCCUGGAGUGUCCCUUUAAUAUUUACGUAUACAUUGCUAUGCUUUGUCAUGGUGGAUUUCGCUUUAAAAGGACAUCUCAGGCACUAACAUAACAUUUUAUAUACGGUAUUUUUCCGUGUUUAAAAAAAAAAAAGAAAUCAAUAUUUUAAACAUCAAAUAGGACAACUUUGAUAUUUUAGAGGUGACUUCUGAGGAGAACUGCACACUUCUGAUUCCCAUACCUCCUCUAUGAUACUCUGUGAAGACUACAGCUCCCCCCAAUACAGCAGGUGGUGUGAGGGCAUGCUGGGAUAUCACAGUAGUAUUCCCUCUGCUCCCUGAUCCCCAUUUCCUCCCCCAUAAAUAUAAAUCAGAAAGCAAGACCUAUCUGAGGUGGAGCAUACCUUAAUAUGGCUGCUCUUUUUAUGGUGUGGUAAGUGCUGACGUCUUCUGCAGCUCCCACGCAUAUAGGGAUCUUCCUCCUUGCCACAGCAUUCAGAAGUGGAUCAGCAAGAGGGAGGCCACGUAUGUGUGUGGGGUCUUCGCACACUGAAAUGCGGCAGGCGCCAUCUUGCCGUAGGCCCCGAGCACACGUGUGUGUGUGUGGUUUUUUUUUUUUGGUUUUUUUUUUUUAACCCCUGCAGUGACAUUUCAUGUAUAAGAUGACCCCCAAUUGUAGACUGAAAAAAAACAUUGUUUUGUACAUGAAAAAAUAUGGUAUAUAUGAUGGGAAUGUGUAGACAGAUAUUUAGAAGGGAAUCUUUGUCACAUGUUUAACUCGCUGAUUUCCCUCUUCUUUUGUCCAGCAAUUCUGCUGCUUUAUCACACAAAACAGCAAAUCUCAACGUCUAAAAUGUCCCUUUUAUUAAAUGUGGCAAACUCUUUAAUACUGUUCAGCUGUGAUUGGAAAAAAAAAUAUAUAAAAAAUUUGUCCCCAUGGCUAGAAUAUAGGCACAGCAGGCAGGUUUGUGGGUAGGUUUUUUUUUUUGUUUUCCAACUUUAUUCCUUUUCCUUUAAAGGUACAACAGGGAAGAACUGGAAAUUCAGAGAAAGAGACUGUUCUGCAGACUAUAAAACAAGAGUUCACAUCUCCUACUACAGUAUUUAAAAGUGGGGCUGCACCCCCUAGGUGAGUUGCUAUUUUUUUUUUUUUUUACUGCUUUAAUGAAAGCCCAAAUAUCUUUAAUAAACCUGAAUAAUUGUAUUUUUACAUAUAUAUUUAUAUGCAUUUGAGCAUUACCAUAUCUACAAACUAGGGAGAACAGCCAUGUUAUUUACACAUCCCCUAAUUCUAAUUAUCCCAAUGGUUUAAUAGAAGGAUGCAUGUAGUUCAUAGCAGACUUUAAGUGGCUUUGCAAUUUGCCCCAUGAUUCACUAAACAUGUCCUAAAUACUCUUAAAGGGAUACUAUGGGUAUGAAAACAACUUUUAGCUUAGUGACGCAUUCGGGGUGUAGAUAAUGCCCAUGCAGUCUCACUGCCCAAUUCUCUGCCUUUAGGAUUUAAUUCUGUGUUUAUGCUUUACAUCACGUUUGUUUGUGCAGCCCUAGCCACACAUCCCCUGGCUGUGACUAAACACACUGCAUGGGAAGGAAAAAAAAAUCAGAUGGAAACCUACUUUAGAAGUUUUUACCCCCUGCUUUGUAAAUCACACACAGGAGGCUCUUGCAGGGUCCAGAUGUCUAUUAACAGAGCAGGAGAUAAGAUAUUCUAAAUUAGCCACUGCCAUAAAGGAUCCUAAAAUAUCCAUGUUCCUUUUUAGUGUUUAGGAAGGCUGUGUAAGUCACAUGCAGUGAGGUGUGACUAAAGCUGCAUAAACAAAGUGAUUUAACUCCUAAAUGGCAGAGAAUUGAGCAGUGAGACUGUAGGACAUGAUCUAUACAUCAGAACUGCUUCAUUUAAACUAAAGUUGUUUUGGUGCAAAUAGUAUCCCUUUUAAUAACUAACCUACAUAGGUGUGUUUUUUUUUUUGUUUUUUUUUUUUGUUUUUUUAAAACCCCUUUAAAACUGAAUGGAUAACAUUCAGAUUUCAUUAUACUCUUCUCUGUUGGACUGUGGUUGCUAUGCACGUGUUUGUAAAGUGUAUGUAAACCAGAGAGGUAACACAAUAUACUUAAAGGCAAAUAAACAUAUAGAAAUAUUAGAGCCACAACUAGUUGUAGUAGUUUCUGAUAGUCUGUUAACUUAUUGAAAAAUUUUAGGCAGUUUGCCUGUGUGGGGAGAGGGUAUGCCAAUACGUGUAGUUUAAAUGUGGUUAGUUGGAGCAGCAAGCUAGAAGACUUUUAUGGCGCGUAUAGGUUCUACAAAGUCGUAACCUGACGCAAGCAUGGUGGAAUGUAGGUUUGCAUGAACUUUGUUUGUUAUAUGAAGGUUUAUCUGUCCACCCGAACUACUUGUGACACAGCUGAGCGCUAUGCUUGCUCCCGUCCAGCACAUGCAUGUGUGAAUGUCCUUCAUUUCUCCAUCCAAGGCACCUCACAUUGCAGUGACAGCAGGGUGUGCUCUGUCAUUUUUUGUGACCGUUACUUUUAAUGGAACAAAAAAGUAGGUUUGGGUUUGAACAAAAAAGUAGGUUUGGUCUAAAUUCUACAAGUGUUACUUUUAAUCGCACUUGUGUGUUUUUUUGUUUUUGUUUUUAAAUCCAACUUCCAGUUAACAUUUAGAACCAGGAUUAGGCAAACCAUUUUGUCAUGGCCUUCUGAUGUAACUACAGUCCUUACUUUGGUCCUUUUGUUGUUUUUGAGGCAGAACAAAGCAUUGCUCAUUCCUUAGGCUUUCACAGGGUUAAAUGAACACUGCACGCACCCAAACCACUUCAUCUCAAUGUGGUCAGGAUGCCAUGUGCCCCAUGUUUUAACCUUAGAGGCGCUUUCGAGAAAUGACAAAACUCCACUAUUUCUAUCAGGUGGUCUUACAGAGACGAUAUUAUUAGCGUGACAGUGUUUUGCCGUGCAAUUGCACUUUCCUUCCAAUGCUUUCCUCAAUGAUCUGAGCCAAAGAGGUUGAGCUGCAUGCCAAAGGUCAGCGCUGCAAGGGAGAAAAUGCAAGGUAAAGCUGCCUAUUUAGCUCUGGCAGCAGGGGUCUAGUCAUCUAAACAGUGGCUAGGGCAGUAUAGCGUUGAGAAUACAAAUGUGAGGCUGCAUCUCAAAGUAACUUUGUAUCUGUUUUGUUUGUUUACCCACUUUAUUAUAACUUUCAUAGUGACAUUAUCAAUCAUUGCUUGCCUUCAAGAACAUUUGAGUACUGCAGGAGAUCCUUCUUGUUCUGUAAUAUGUGUCCGUCUUCUCUAUCUACAGUAGGAAGCUGUCGGGUACCAUUGAUGUCAUUGGUCAGACUACUACAAUCACUCGUGUGGAAGGACGGCGGCGUGGUGCAAAUGAAAGCAAUAUACAGGUACAAUAUUCUUCUUUUAUAUAUACCUUUUUGUAAGAGAAGAGAUUGUUUAAAGGUAAACUUCUUCUAAAUGGAAUGUAUUGCAGUUAGAUCAAAUGUAUUAGUGCUUACUUUUGGCUGUUUUUCUUUUGCCAUAUUCAUAUUAGGGAACGACCGAUAGUGUGUGUGUGUUUUUUUUGAGCCAAUGCCGAUAAUCCGCGAACUUUUCAGGCCGAUAAUUUACCGAUAUUCUGUACAUUUACCAUUUUGAAAGGAAAUAAUAAUUUCUAAAAAAAUCUACUGUUAACUGAACAUUAUUUUUACAAAUCUUUUUUUGUUUUUUUGUUUUUUGUAAAUGCAUAAAAUAUACAUGCCAGUCAGAUUUUGUUUUCAAGAAUAGUUAGUGUUCCUGUCCCUUAGUGUACCCCUACCCUUAGUGUGUACCCCUCCCGUUCCCAGUUCCCUUAGUGUUUACCUCUCUUGUAGUGUGGCGGAGCGGACCGAGAUACAGAAGCUUCAGUUUCCUGUGCCUGGCAGGACUGACAGGAAGUGCUCAUUGAGAGAGCACUUCCCGUCAAUCCGGUCAGGUACAGGAAACAAACUCCUGUACCGCCAUCUGCUCUGUUCCACUCAACCAUGCUACUCAGAGUGACUAGUAGGAGUAGCGCUAUACGCUUCCUUGCUGCCUGUCACUCUAUUCUUGUGCGCCCUAAUGCGGCCACGUGUUCUGCCUUAUGGACGCACCAACCGCGUGCGUUGGGCCACUGCUGCCUCUCACAUUAUCAGCAAUAUGAGUAUCAAUAGUGGCCGGUACUGAUAUUUGCCAAAAUCCAGAAGUUUGACUUUUUUUUUUUUUUUUUAAACGGCCAAACCAUAGUAGAGGUUUUUGUUUUUAAGCUAGAAGAGCAUCAUGGUAAAUAGUCUGAAGCAUCAGAAACGGCAGUUUUCACCUAGCCCUUCACCAACUGAAAGUUUUGUAACUAAAAUUGAAAUGUGUUCAUUGAUGACUGUAAUGGGGUUGGGGUAGGAUAACUAUUAAUUUUUAAAGUUGUCUGGUAAGAUCAUGUCAUGCCACCAUAUUCAAUGGAUCUGCAUUGAUUAAUUUAAAUCCUUUUUAAAACGUCUUGUUACCUUCUGGCGUCUUUGCAUAUUUUGCAAAAUAUCAAGAUGGUGACUUUGUGGUUUUUUUUUUUUGUUUUUUUUUAAAUCUUCCUGGAGUCACGCCAGAGUACAACACUGGUAUCAAUGGAUUAUUCUGUGAGACCACAGCAGCCUCCAGAGAUAAUGAUAAAGCGUGAUGGCGGUUGCAAGUCAUUGAAAAAAUUCAUAAGACAAAAUCGUAACUGCUUUGUUUGAUAUCUUUUGUCUGUGUUGAAAUUUCCAGAACACUGUCAUUUUACUUUUUGGUUCUAUCAACCAAGCAAAAGUUGGAUGGUAGGAAGGUACUUGCAGGCACAAGGUCAUAGAUUUAUAUUAACAUUUGCUGGUGUCCUCCAAUGUUUUUCUGCUAUUCCCUCCCACCCCCCCACCCCCCACCCCCCCUUGCUGGUGGAAGCUCCUGCCAUUUAGCUAAACCCAACCAUGGUCGUGUUUUAUUGAUUUGAAAGAAUCAGCAGGGAAUAGCUCAGAAGAACUAACUGGAGGCAGGCACCUUCUGGGAUCCAAGUAAGUUGCUAAAUUGUACUUAAACAGUUUGACUUCUUACUCUGGGACUGUAUCCGGGCACACCUGGCUCCAAAAAUACUCUAGCGGGCUGUACUGGUUCUGAUAUUUGGAGUUUCUUUUAAGACUUUUUCGGUGUGUUGUUUGUGCAAAUGUGACAUUUUAAACUUUCACUUUACAAAUGUAACUAUUCAAACUAAACACAGGAAAAUAGUACAGACCGGAAAUAGCCUUGAUUUUAUAUUCUUUAUCUACAAUAUCAAAAGGUUUUGCUGCAUACAAAUUUUCUGGUAUAUGGCAUACUAUAACAGGAUCUUAACCAGGAAAGCAAAUCUGCAUGUGUUAGUGAAUUUUGAUACUUCAGUAAGUGUAUUUCUUUUGGCUGUUCCUCAGCGUUUGAUCCUAAUUUGCAAGUUAACAUCAUACUCUGGUUAAAUUGUUGAUGGCAUUCUGUUAAUUUUUGAUGGUAUAUUAUUGUAAAUAUUGCAACAAAGUAAGUGUCCAUUGGUCUUUCAGCACAGCCUUUAUAUUUAUAUACUAUUUUUUUAAUAAAGCAAGUACGUGGGGGUGGAGAAACCCCACAAACAUGCAUACACCCCGGGUCAAACAGUGUUUGAAAAAUGAGUCUACCCUUCUGUGCAGGGAGUGGAUCUGCUCAAAUUUGUGCAAAAUUCCUUUUUCUUCUGAGUUGACAGUAUAAGCAAGAGGAGACAUGCAAAGAGCCUAUGUGCCAAGCUUCACUUGCAUAGUAGUAUGCUUAAAUCUGCAAUAAGGUGGGAUGGUUUUAUUUAUUUAUUUUUCAAAGUGGUACCUCUCGAUUUCAAAUAACUGUUACAAUUUGAUUUUGUGAGAUUAGAUUUAGUGGUGGAUCUGUCAUUAUAAACUCAAGUUCCUUUCAAAAGCAAAUAUAAGAGAAACUAUAAACAUAUUGCAUUUAAUUUUAUAGGUUGUUUCAGAACAGUCCCCAUCUGAAGUGGACAACAAUUUCAUCAAACCACCACCACCAUUUUUCCCCCCUGGCGCUCCACCUACCCAUCUUCCUCCUCCUCCACUAUUUCCACCUCCUCCAAAUGUCACCACAGCACCUCCACUUAUCCCACCUCCAGGUAAGGCAAAUGUUUUAUUGUACCAUUUAGUGUGUUGAAGUGCACUGUAUAAAUCAUAUUGGUUAGAGAAACACUAUAGGGUCAGCAACACAAAUAUGUAUUCCUGACCCUACAAUGUCGAAACUGCUAUCUAGCCCCACCCCACCCUUUCCUCCACUUAAUAUAGUAAAAUCUUGCUUAUUUCAGUCUGCUGGUGCUGGCUCUGUCCCUGAUCUGCCUCCUUUGCUGAUAUCAGAAGUGAUGAUCUCAGCCAAUCACAGUGUUUUCCUAUAGGAAGCGGAGCCAGAAGCCACCAAGGUCAAUCGGCAUCUCCUCCUAGUCAGUGCAUCUCUAUGAGGAAAGAUCAGUGUCUCCAUGCAGCACUGCCCCAGGAAGCACCUCUAGUAGCCAUCUGAAGAGUGGCCAGUGGAGUUGUUUUUCUGAAAAGACUGGAUUUCCUGCAAUAAGCCUGCAGGGAAUGACUAUACUCCCCAGAAUUACAUUAAGCUGUAGUUGUUCUGGUGACUAUAGUGUCCCUUUUAAACUUAUUAUUCUGACUCCUGAAGAAAUUUCAUUACCAGCCACACACGCCAUUACCCCAUGGCUAGUUGGACACAAUUAACAUGCUUAUUAAACUGUAAUGCAAGUUGUAUUUUUCUCUUUUCUUAAAUAUAAAGACAAUUUGUUUUCUUCCUCUUUGGCAAUUUUAUUUGUAAGUUGGUGAAUCCUUUCCUAGAAAUAAUGGAGGAAAUGGCAUUUUUCUACUAAUUAAUCACUUGCUAAACUUAUUUUGUUUCCCAAAUAUUUUUUGUGUGUGUAUGUUAAAUUUAUAUAUUGUGUAAUCUCAAUCUUGUGCCCUUGUAAUAAGUUUUCUGGAUAUGCUCAUUUGCAGACAUAUCAAAAUAGGUUCUAUCCCUUGCUCAACUAAAUGUGAGAGUUGUUGAAUGCUAGAUAUUGUUGAAAUGUUGUAUUUUAGAAGUAUUCCAUAACUAAUUUUAAGGUAACACUGGACAGUCACAUUUCACUUUUUUUUUUUUUUUUUUUUAUUUGGUGCAGAGGCAUCUCUAUGUUCAGCCACUCUGCAUAUAUUGCAGCAGUCAAAUUUUGUGUGUAUUAUAUUUAUUUACCUUUUGGUGGUAAGUUCAUAAGCACAAUCAAUAAGUGACAUGUAUAGCUAUCUGUAGAUGAACAUGUGUCACCCAUGCAGUUUGUUUGAAAUAGCUUUAGGUUUUUUUUUUGUUUUUUUUUUACCACCAGUUAUUGUCAAGUGUUUUUAAAGUGACCUGUCUACUUUUAAAGUCAUGUAUGACUUGUCAAAAUAUUGAUAGCUUCCUUUCAAAGCAUCUGUGUCAGUUCAUCCCCUGUUUUCAUUGACAGACUAGAGUCUCCUAGUUCUGUCCUUUGUUAAUAAAUUAAAGAACCACUAGUAAACAUGUUGUUCAUACACAUGGUAGAAAGUCAGAACAUAAGUUUCCUCCUGACUGGCUAAGCGCUUAUUCGGCUAUGCAGAAUGAUGCUGAUAUGCCUCCAUAAUGGCAAAUUCGGGCAGCAAUUUGUCUGCUCACUUCACUGGCAACUUUUGCCUUUAUAAAAUCAAACCUUAGUGGAGGAGGCCAUUUUGGAUUGAUAUAAAUACUCUAACCCAUUAACGCAUCCAAAAUCCUUUUGAAGUAGAAAUUUCACAGCCUGGUUGUUUGAGAAAGUGGAUUAGGAGUUUCUCAUUAAAAGUAUAUAUUUAAAAUUAAUAUGCAUAAUCUGCAAAAAAAUCAAGUUUCAAUAAUUGUUAGGGUCUUUCAAUCUUCAGUAAACUUAAAAGCCAUUUAAAUGCAAAACGCAGGGAAGUUUCUGUAGGUAUAUUUAGUAAGCUAAAAGGCUAUUUAGUCACACAUACUUUUUAAUUAAACUUUACAUUCAGACGUUAGCUAGUUGAAUUACCAUAUGGUCUGUAAACUCCAGUUUGUAUUCUUCUUUAAAUACGAACUGCUAGGAUGCAUUAGAUGGAAGCUGCCAUGUUGGCAUUUGUGAUGUGCAGAGUCGCUACUUGCAAUAUUUUAACUUUUCUUGUAACACUUGCACUUUUUUUUUUUUUCGUAUUUCCAUAAAUCAAUGCUUGCUGUACAUCUGCAGCAAACCAGGCAGGGCUGUGGCUUUGGCUCCCAAUGGUCCUUGUUUUAUUUGUGCUGCAGCCAGCGCUUUAUCUUCAAAGAUGUUUUAAAAAUAGCCCUGUGCCAUACCUCCUAGGUUCACUGGUGGGGGGAACGGCAAAGUUGUUACCUCACGUUAACUAGAAGAGUUAGCCAAAAAUCAAGAAUUGCAAAUAUAAAACAUCCUGUGGAAGUUCUUUUUGAAAGCAGAAAAACUGCUUUGAAGUCAUCAUUUUUAGACUGUAUUCUUUUUCAUUUCAAGGAAAACUGCACUUGAUUUAUUUCUGUAACGUGACCUGUAGACUUGACUUAACACUGUAAUUGCCGGCAGGCAGGUCCCCACAUAGUUGUGUUCUGAAUAUCCAACUGGCGCAAAGUGCAACCCAUUUUUAAUGCAUUCAUUUUGAUCUUUCAAUUAGAGAUAAGUGGCCAUGUUUAACAUUUGCUUAAUACAACAUUAUGGAAGGUUUCCCAGGGUUCAUCUUUUGGUUUAAUUGUUCUAAAAUGGUUACAGAUGGGGAAUCUUUUCAAGGAUUUCGUGAUAUCUGUACCCUGUAAUGAUGUUCAUUCAUUAUGGGUGAUGCGUUAAAUUGUUUUCGAUUUCUUAUUGUGGAAAACAGAACUAUUAGUGUGCAAUGUUCAAUGUCCUGGCUUGCCAGUGCUCCGUGGUAUCGUUAUAGCUUGGACAUUCCGAAUACCAAUUAACAUUUCCGAGUGAAUGAAACCAGGAUUGUUAAUGGUGGUGUAAAUCUGUAUUGUGAAAUUGUUGACACCGUUUGAAUUGAGUGCUAGAUUUUCUGUCUUUUCAGGAUCUGGAUUGCAGUUGUCUUUCUCCAUGCAGAAACCAUCCAGAUAUGGUACCGUUCUAUUCCUGACCUUUAAUAUCUUGAUUUGUUGUAUUAAGCUUAGAGACCGUAAAGGCAAAACUUAGGCAAAGUAGUAUAUAUAUUUGGCUUUUUUGGGAGAGACUCGAUUUUAUAGGAUCUGACUUCUCUUCUUUCUGUGAUGCAGCACCCUAGCCUGUGCAACAAAUUCCCAUGCAUGUAGCUUCAAUGGAACCCUAAAGCAGCAUUUGUAGAAAAUGUAGUGGGAGCAUUUGCACACAUUCCUACUGGGUUUUUUUUUUUAUAUAUAUUUUUUUUUUUUUUUGCUCUCCCUAAUUGCUUUCAAUGAUCCUUCUAAGAAAGCAAAGUUGUGCAUAUACUUGCAUAAUGUAUGGGUGAAGUAGUAUUCAUUUCUAGCUGUGAAGUCCAUCAUGACUUGCUUCAGAUGUCCCAGUACAGGGAAAGAGCGUUUGUUAGGAGGGGAUUCUUUUUUUUUUUUUGGCUUACAACCGGAGUAGUUGUGCACUGUAAGUUUUGAGACCUCUUGUUUGUUUCUGAAUAGUUUAGACAUUAAAAAUGCUUUUAGCAUAAGCUAUUUACUCAAAUAAAAGAUUUAAUUUUCUUCAUGACAUGAGAAGUAUAUAGUUGAGUGUUAUGAGCAUUAAUGAAUCAAACAAGCACUGGGACAUCAAACUUCACAGUACUAGAUACAGUAAGUAUAGGAUUUUACAAGCUACAAUUUCACAUGCCAAAACAAUCUGAUAAGAGAGGCUUACAGUCUAAACACAAGAAUCCUAUAAACCUGGUCUCAAGGAAAUACUAUUGCACGCAAGAUAACUUUUGCUAAAGUACUAGCUAAAAGAGAAUCAACAUUCUUGCCUGAAUUUUCCAUGCAGGAGAGUGUUAAACUGAGCAGAUGAGUUGAAAUGAAACUGUAAUAGAUGUAAAUGUGCUGCCCUUCUGUUUUCUGUCUCUCUACCUGCUGUAUGUUAUAUGAAAUCCAUUCCUUUGUGGUUGUUUUGGUAAACUCAUGUUUCGGUCACCUAGUUUAGCCAAAAACAUUUGGAGGCGUUUUGAAUAGAUAAAAGUUUAAUAACUUGCUCUGUAGGUGGUUGCCCUCUUAGGAAGCCACAGACCAUUUUUUAGCCCACUUGUACCAUUACUUGAGCAGUCUAUAGAAGACUUUUCAGGCAGAUUUCAUCUCCAGAUGAUACACCAAGCAAAGUCAAUCUAUUAAUGUCUGUACACUGAUGUUGAGUUCUCCAUUGAAGCUCUCUGACUUCAUUUUUCAGCUUGCUGCUUACCCUAUCACCACACUUUUCUCCGUGAUUGUGUUUGCGAGUUCCCAUGCCAAUUAUGUCUGGCAUUUAUUUUAUGGCUUUUCAUUGUACUUUGCAUAGCACCCUGUUGUAGAGAAAUCACAUACAACACUCCAACCUUUGUUCAGAUUCCUCUUGGUGUAGUAAUAAACAUAAUAUUUGUUUAUUGUGAAAUUUAACAACUGACAGGUAUACUUGAAUUACAAAUAUUUUAGUGACCAAAGCCCGACUCCUGAGUUGUACCUGGGUGCUUCAUUCUGCCUUCUUGUUUCUGUAUGUCUGUAAACACAAGUUUCAGAUCCACCUUAGAUCUUUCACUGCUCUCAAUAAUUCCUGCACUAUCCCAUGUGUUUUUUUUUUACCCUCUCCCUCCCGCUCUGAACUAUAUCCAACUAUACCUUUCAUCCAUGUAUAGUUGGGCAUGGGCAUCUAAUUUGCUUCCUUGUUAAAAAUGAUUUGUGAAGCUCUAACUUUUGCAAACAAAUAUCUAAUCACUUUUUAAUGUGUUCUAAUUCUAGGAAUUCCCAUCACUGUUCCUCCACCAGGUAAGUGUGGAAGGUGUCUUUUUAUUUUUUUUUGUUUUGUUUUUUUUUAUUUAAAAAAAAUAAAAACUUUUACAUUUGUUUUUUUCUGUAUUCAUUGUGAAAAUGAAGUUAAUGUAUGCUUUUACAAUUGCAGGUUUUCCACCUCCACAUGGUGGACCGCCACCAUCACUUAUUCCUACUAUUGAAAGGUAUGUGCUAAAAUAUGUAUUUGUGAUUGUGUGUAAAAAAAAAAAAAAAAAAAAAUUCUGUGUAAAAUAAUAAAGCCUGGAGUCAUUUUUGGUUUCAAAAACUUUAAAGGGACACUUUGGUCACCAGAACAACUACAGCUUAUUCUCUUCAGGCUUUUUUUUUUUUUACCAUAAAUACUGCCUAGGGAAAACUUCACUGGCCACUCCUCAAAUGGCUACUAGAGGUGCUUCCUGGGGCAGUGCUGCACAUUGUCUUCACUCUCUGCAUGCAGACACUGAACUUUCCUUAUAGAUGCAUUGAUUCAGUGUAUCUCUAUGAGGAGCUUCUGAUUGGCCAGGGCUCUGUUUGGCUUGUGCUGGCUUUGCUCCUGAUAUUUAAUCGGAGUUCCAAUUUUUGAAAGGAUGUUACAUCAUUUUUGUGGGAAACCUCUGUUAUAUCGAGUGUGAGAUCUGUAGUCCUGGGUGUAUUUUGAAUGUUUUGUGUAUUGGGUACCAUACUUCCAUAUCUUUAGGAUGUCAUCUGGGUACUUUAGGUAUAAAGGAGUGCUGUAAGUAUUGUGGAUUCCUUGUGUUUGUAUAAUGUGAGUACAUUAUAGAUGCUCCUAUGUAGGGACAUCAUUUCUGGUUCCUAGAUCUUGUCUAAACUUGUAAAGCACUGCAUUUUGUAAAUUAUUGUAGUCUCUUCUAGCAUCACACUGCUAAGGAGCAUGAUUUGGCGCCAGAAUAAUCUUUUGGAGUCAAAGCAAUUAGGAAUGCUUCUUAGCAGUUUGGGAGAAAGUUGGGGGCGGAGGGAAUGUGAGGGGUUGUUGGUGUUGAACUCUCUAGCAUCUACAGUGGGAAGAGAACUCUUUUAGAUGGAGUAAACUGGAUUUUUUUUUUUUUCCACGAAUAGUGUUACGAGAAAAUACAUGGAAAUGGUUAUUUUUAGUUGUUUCAAAUCAUUUUGCCAUUUUUACAGAUGUAUAUAUUUUUGCCAGUGUGGCUUACUUAGCAAAAAGGAUUGGAGAGUUAUUUUGGAUUAUUGAUUGUGCACGAGAGGUUUAUCUGCCAACUAUAGAAAAUAAUAAAAAAUUUCUUUAAUUUUUUUUUUUUUUUUUUUAAACUACCUUGACAAGUGUGUGUUUAUUUUUCUGUUUCCCCUAUGAAAUCAACUUGCUUGCAAAAGACAUACAUUUUGCAAUAACAUGAAUUGUUACUGCAUUAAGCAGAAAACACAUUUCUGUCUGCCAACUCAGCAGGCUGAAACAGAUGUUAAUCAGAAUUUAUGAAAAAGUUUGUACCAAUGGCUCUUUGAUAUUCUAAAACCGUGUAGACUUUUAUUUAAGAAUGUGAUGUUACAUACAAUUUCCAAUUUACUUCCACUGGAGUUUGAGCCAAUGGAACAACAUUCUUCUUGGCACGCUUUAGCCAUAGCUGAGAAAUGAGCCUUAACCAUAAACAUUUAUUAAGGUGACUACAGCUGAUUGGGGGGGAGGAAGCAGGAAGUGAUUUUAAGUGUGGAACUCACAAUUUCUGCAGUCUACCUGCUUUUCAGGUGUUGGCUGAUAAAAAUAGAAAGAAUGUUGACUGCAUAUAUGUGAGGUUAUUUCCCACCCCCACCCCCUUCAGUGUUACAUUUUAAGUCUUUUUUUGUUUAUGAAGCCUACCGUAGAAUAACCCAUAUAAACUACCUGUAACUACUUUAUCCCAUUGCAAUGACCAUGUUGUCUGGAGCCCUUCUGUUACCCUUCCAUUCAGUUUUAACCUAUUUUUGUUUAAAUGUUGUAUUGGAAGUCCCCAGUAGCCCAUCCCUUUUGUGCUGCGUAGGCUAAUGAGGAAGGAAUUUGAAAUUCGCAUAAGCAGCCAUGGGCUGCAGUGAUUGGCUGAGAGUCUUAACUGACCGCUUUCAGCUCGUCGCAGUGCCCACAGGAACACUGAAUAGAGACAGGCACUAGAACCAUUCAAUGAGAUGGUAAUCGUGUUAUGUCUCUAAAGUGAUCUGUAAUGAAAAACAUUAUUUUUAUCUGCAAAUAGUGUAAUCUAUACAUAAGUUUAGAAAAUUAAGAAAUUUCCAAAGUAAGAAGUAUUUACCCAAUGUUUAGUUCCAGCACUGGGCAACUGCAGCAACAUCUUUGACCUGUCUACUAAGCAUUUUGCGAGAGAUCAGAGCGCAUUUGGGAUGAACUACAAGUUGUUGCCAAACUUCCGUGAAACAUCUCCUUUAAACCUGCAUUAUUGGAUGUUGGCUACUUCUUUAUUUUUCUUUGUUUUGCAAUUUCUAGUACACCUAUAGCUCCCCUCAGUCAAUGUGCUAACCUUUACAAACUGAGAGCUCUCAGCUGAUGCCAAGAACAGCUGGGCUUAACUUGGUGCAAGUGCUUGCAUCUGCAGAACAGGUGGCAGCAAACUCCCAUUGGAGCCCAGAUAAGUUGUCAGACUUUUAUAACAUGGUUUGACUACUUUCCCUUGAGAGUGACCGGAGUGUUCCUUUUAAUGUCUAGAUUCCUUGGGAAGGGGGGAUUAUUUUAGUGUGUUUUGUUUUUACAUACAAAAUAAAACACAUCGUACAUCUGCGUGGCGUGUGGGGGCAAUCUUUUCUCUGUAACUACUUUUCCUCAAAUGUGGUGAUCAGUUAGCAUUGAGACCUCAAUUAAUUGAACAAAAGUUGUCAUGUGUGAUGCCAAAUGUGAAGACAAAUAGACCUCCAAUAUUAAAAGGAACACCAUAGUGACAGACAUAUAAACAUGUAUUUCUAUCAUAACUGUUAUAGAACUAUCUAGCCCCUCAGGCCGUCGGUAUCUAUUGUAAAAGGCAUGUUUACUCUUCUUUACUCCAGUGCCAUGCGGGUAUGCUAGCACUGCCUCUUUGCCUGACAUCAGAAUUUACUAUCUCAACCAAUCUGAUUCUUUCGGAUUGGCUAUGAUUUUCAAUUCUGAUGAUCCCAGCCAUGGGGGCAGUGUUUUGUAUAUGAAAAUGCCUGCAGGCACUAACUAUACUCAUUGGAACAAAUACAUUAAGCUGUGUUUCUGAAGACUAUAGUGUCCAUUUAAAAUCCCUAACUAGAUACUAAAGGUUUUUUUAUUUAUUUAUUUUAAAAUCUUUAUUUUUGUUGUGUACACAUGAACAACAUGCUUGGAUAGCCACGACAGCUAUAACAAGCUCAUUAGCAAUCAAGUAUAACAGCAUGGCAUCUUUAGCAACGGCACAAUUUAAAAAAAAAUUGGACAACAUAAUUUGCAGAAUAUAAUAACGUAGAGUUAAUGUUAAUGUAUGAAAAGAGUAGUUUCCGGUCAUAGGAUUCGUUUUGGCAUGAGUGCUUGUGGUCUAGAGUGAGCUUGUAAGUGAAGGCAUAGUGUGCCCUUGUCUCAUGUGUGUUGAGGUCUAGGGGGGGUAGGUCGAUAUGCCUUUGUUGCGGGGGUACAGGGAAACCCCAUUUAUAGACCAUGUGGGUGUGUAUAAGGCAAAUUAGAAGGAGGGGGCUAGUGCAUAGCCUAGGCUGCCGUAUGCCACUAUAGUGAACGGAGGAUACUGAUGUGUGAUGUUGGAACAGCUCCUUGUUAGUACCCGCGUUGUGAAGUAGACUGAGUGGAGCUGGGGGGAGUAAGUAGUGAAAGGAGCCAGCGUGUCCGGGUUAUGCCUGGUUUCGGCGGAGGGUGGCCGCCGUGUAACCGUCCUGCUUCAUGCGUGCAGGUAACCCUGGGGUAUACAUUAUUAUCGGCCUGUGUGUGUGAAACAGCAUACAACUUAUAGUAGUAGUAUUAAUAGAAGGGAGAACUUGAAAAAAUGAGAACUGCAUAAAAACAAAAACAGUCCUGGUUCAGGUGGUCUUCAUCCCAGGUGUGCCUCUGGAAGCUGGAACAAAUGGGACAAUAUUGGCUGGAUCCCAAGAAGUAGUGGUCAAGGUUAGGAGUCCCAUAGCUGCUAAGACAGUGUCCAUCUCCGCUAUGUCUGCCGCUUUAUAUUCCUUGCCCUGGUAUUGUAUGAGGAGUACGUGUGAUGGUCCCCAACGGUACACCACUCCUUUGGCUGUUAAUGUCGCUGUAAGUGGUCGAAGAGACUUUCGCCAUUGCAGGGUUGUGCGUGAAAGAUCAGAGUAGAACGUUGGGAUUCUUCCCCUUGAUGGCACCCAUAAAAGCAGCCUUUUUGAAAUUUGACCAGGUCGUCACCUGUUGCACAGCUUGCGAGUUGUGGUGGCUUGGGCAGGCGGAACAUGCCAUCCAGCUGUAUUCCUUUGGCGUGCUUAGGGGACAGGAGGGCCGCAAAAAGCCUUCUCAGGAGAUGGGGAAGUUCAGCUGGGGCUAUAUUAUCUGAGAUGCCUCUUAUUUUGAUGUGCUUCCACCUCCUUUUGUCUUCCAUAGCUGCUAGUUGGUGGGUGAGUGCAGUGUGAGCUGAGGAAAGGUCUUUGAACUGAUGCUGGAGCUCUAUCAUUUGUGCUGCCAGUGUCUGAGUAGUUUGCUCCACUGCUGAGAGGUGAUCAGUGAACCCUUUAACAUCCUCCCUUACCUGGGAGAUCUCCGUGGAGAGCGACUAGCGUAGGUCAGAGAGGUGAGUAUCUCAGUGGUGACCGGGAGACCUGCCGUCGGUUGUGUGGAUUUGGAAGGUCCCCUAUAUUCCAGAGUCUCAGGGCAAUGAAGGGACGUGUCGUCCGAGGUCAGCCGCCGAGUAGGUUCCCGUCGCGCGAUGCAGCCUUCUCAGCAGGUCGCCUAUGUGUGCCAUGGGCGAUCCAGGCGCAUCUGUUUCAUUUUCCUCCCCAUCGGUGGAGGGGUGUUAGCAGGUAAUCUGCAGUUUGAUGGAGUGCUUUGUGCGGCUGGAUUUGGGCUUUGUAGCAUUGAGGUCGUCGGAGAGCAGGAGAUGUGCGACUGUUCAUGCCGAUAGCUGGCUCCGCCCACCCUACUAAAGGUUAUUUUGAAUAAUUUUGUAUACUAUUAAAUAUUCACAAUUUAACAAGGUAAGCUUUAAUGACCGCUAUUAAAAUUACUAUAUGUUUGCUAAUUAUUUUAAUUCCUUUCCAGCGGACACUCUACAGGCUAUGAUGGACGGUCGACACCAGCAUUCCCAUAUGGAGGUGGUAAGCUUUCAGUAUUAUUAUUAUUAAUUAUUAUUUUUUUUAUUUAUUAAAAAAAAAUUAUUUUCACUUUUUACACACUUGCUGAAAUCCUGUAUGGGGAAUAAAAUAUACUCCAGGUCCCUAUUUUUAUUUCUUAAUGUAGAAUGCCUUAACAUUUAAUGCGGAAAAAUUCGGGGAUACUCCCCUUCAAAGUACCUGCAGGUGAGAGGGGAUGUUUGCAGCUAGAGGCAGAACCCUCUCUGGCCAAAAUGAAGCCCCUGUUCAGCUGUGGUUCAUAAUAAAAGUAAUUUAUCUCCAGUAGCAGUUAUUUCAUCACUUAGGAUAUGUAGAAAAUGCUCCUUAAACAGCAGUCAUCCUGUGACUUCUGUUCGUUUAUCCACAGCCUGAGUUUUGUACAGCCAGUUCUAGGCCAGACCAUAAUUAUAACAUCAUUGACAUCAUUUUGGGGGGAGUGGGUUUUGCACUCCUAUCAACGCACACUCUCACAUACUUUUAAUCUGAAAUUGUAAUCGCUUCUUUUAAGAGACUCAAACAUAUUUGAAAAGCGAAAAUUAGAGUCCAUGUUCUUUGCAAGUGACGCUUCCUCAUUCCCCCACUCAUGUUACUGUUGUUGAAGUGGUAAUGUUAAAACAUACUUAUUUGCAUCCUGUGAUGCAUGCUUGGGCCUCUGCUGAGAAAUGCAAUAGAAACCCUUUACAGCCAGGUAUAGAAUGUAAAUUGUAUGAGAAGAUCCUUUCUGAAUAAAGCAACCAAUUGGUAAAGCUUGAUGAAGUGUUAUUUCUCAUAAACCAUUUACAGAGAUAUGUUCACUACAGUGAAAAGUACCAUUUUUCAAGUGCAUUUCCAAUUUAAGGCCAAAGUAGCUAAAUUUGAUGCAUUGCUGACUUGGAGACUUUUUUUCAAAUUCGGCUAUGGGACAUUCUCUUUGAAGUCCCUUUUUUUUAUUUUUAGAUUUUUAACCAAGACAAGAAUUCAGUGUUGCCAAUGAUGAAGUUCUGGAAUGUCUUUUUGAAAGGGCAAAUGUAAUGUAAAUAUUUUACAUGAUGGUUAUUCACGAACAUUGUUGUUCAUUGAAAAAAAAAAUAAUUAUAAACAUUUAGCUAAAAAAGUCUAUAUCAACUAUAUCUGACGGCUAAUUUUCCAGAUCUACACUUUUAAAUUCAAUACAUUACACUGUUCACUGUUUUGUUUUCUCUAAUGGUGACCUGCUUAGAGCUGUAAUAACACUUACUACUAAGGACUACUAGUGUGAAAAUAUUAUUUUUUUUUUUUUUCUCUGUUGUUGUUGAAGUGCCUCUUCCUUACUUUGCUAAAUUAGAGGAUUGACUCUCGUCUUCUUUUCUGGAACUUUAUCCAGAAUCUCCAUAAAUAAACCCCUCUAGAAAAGCAUUUAAGAGAGAAAGAUAAUUGUGGAAAUUCGAUUAACUAAACAUACUCAAAAUUAUUUCAAUGCUGUGUAACUUAUUUAUUCAUUUUUAUUACUGGCAUUUAUAAAGCGCCAACAAAUUCCGCAGCGCUGUACAAUUGAGAAUUUUUCCAGCUACUUGUGUAUUACAAAAAAAAUGAACAACAAGACAAACUCUAAAGAAGUCUGCUUUCACUCAGUUCUGUAGGCGUUUUUGUUACAAGUGCUGGAUGUCUUUUGCCAUCUUGAUGCCUCUGUCCUUGCUGAAGGGAAGCUUAGCAAUCUUUAAGAAGUACUUUGCUCAAAUCUUCAACUGAUCACAAACUACUUGGGUGUGCGCCGAUUGCUUAGAGUUGUAUGCAACAUGAAGCUGCUGUAUCACGCCAUAACAAUUUAUAGAUUACCGCUGUCUUUAACCCCUUAAGGACCAAACUUCUGGAAUAAAAGGGAAUCAUGACAUGUCACACAUGUCAUGUGUCCUUAAGGGGUUAAAUGAAGGCAAUAGGUACAUGGUUUUCAAGUGAAUAGAUGGAUGCAUGUACUACAGACAUGCUUAAAAUGUGUUUUCAAAUACAUAUCCACAGCUGUAUCCAGCUUGCAUGUAUGGUGAGUGUUGUGUAUAUCUCCAUAAAUUAAGUUUUUUCUAUGAAAAUCAUACAUUAAGAAAUGUUAUAAAUCACAUGUUGUAGCUGACCUAUGAAUAAAAUGCAUGGCUUAUUUGCUAAACCGUGAGCUUACAAGCAAGCUGCCGCAAUAUAGACAAAAUAGAUGGUUUGAAAAGUCUCUCAAUGCUCCUGGUUUUAUAUACAGUUUUUGUUUUGUGUAUAUAUAUAUGUAUAUGUAUAUAUGUAUGUAUAUAUUCAUGUCAAUAAGAAAUUGAUGUAUAAAAUGCUAUUAUAAAUGUAGUGAUUGAAACAAAUAGGACAUGCUGGCUAAUUGCUCCACCUUUAGAACUCUAUCCCAUUUUUAUCUUUAUAAAUGGCCACUUUUAGUAUGCAGUUAGAAGCCUGUUAAAUGGUUUGGAUUCAGACUUUAAAAAAAAAACAGAAAAAAUGUGCCCUGCUUCGUGUGAAAUUCCUAACCGAGCAUUUGCAACAUGUGUUCGUUAACACUUUUAGCUAUAGACCUCAUUUUGGCACUGUAAACAAGCAUGUCCUCUUUAACUGGUGGAUACCUUCUUUGUGAACUUGAGUGCCAGAAGGUUCUCUGACAUCUAGUGAAAUAUCUAUGGUCAUACCAGAGACUUGUCACUUAGGGCUUGCCAUUUAGCUGAGCUCCUCUUACAUGCUUUGUAUGCAUCAGUCACUUUUGCUGUAGGAGUCCAAGACAUGUAUGUUUAUGUCCAGCAAUUUCAAAGCAAAUGCAGAGAAACCUACAAAAGACCAUGUCUUUGUUAAAUGUGUGGUAGAAAUAUUUCUUGAAUGGGUGGAGUAAAAUUAAUUUUGUAAUUUAAAAAUGUAAUGCUUUUAACAUUCAAACUCUACCGCCCAUUUGGCAUUAAUUCUGAAACUGUUAUUUUGAUAGCAUUGCUCAUGUAAAUACUUUUACUUGCUUUAGCCAAUAUCAAAGUUAUACUUCUCCCUCUCAAAAGCAGUUCCUCAAAUAUGUAGUGGCAUUACAGCAGUCGUUAAAACUAUGUAUUGGUAAUUGGACACAUUCUGCAACAUGAAAGCUGAUGCUUAAAUUGAAACCAAGCUUUUAGAUAGCAUGUUACAUCUGAAUCCCCAGAAGACAUUGCACAUCUUGUUGACAUCAUGACAAGUCAAGGAAAUUAGUAGGCCAGCAAAUGCAGCUGCUGCUUGCUAUUCCUGGCGGCCUGCCUUGGACAGGGAAUUAUAUUUUUGGCAGAAUAUACGCUGGGAUAUUGAACUUCUUUAAAUUAACUGUGGGUUGUUGUUUUUUGUUUGGGUUUUUUUUUUUUUCAUACUUCUUCCAUGCAUUCUGACUUGUGAUUGUGUGACCUGCAUUUGUUGUCUGUCCUAGUUAUGCUGGCUUUAGUGUAAGUUCCAAAACAAUAAAUCAUGUAGACAAGCAACAUUCUUUAUUCUUUAUAGAAAACAUAUAUUCAUAGUUGUGGAAUAUUACUAAUUAUUAUUAUUAUUAUUAUUAUUAAUUGGUACAUUUUAGGCUUCUUUUGAAAUCUCCAUCAUAAUGAACAAUGUACAAGUCUUACAAUACUUUUUUUUUUUUUUUGCAAGAAACUAAAGAUGCUUAUUUUUAUACCUGUGCAUGUAUGUGUAAAGAUUGCAUAGUUUUAUUUAUGUAUAUUUAGACGUUGAUAUCUGUUCACAUAUGCAUUUUCCACUAUAAAUAUUUUCUCUCAUGGUGCCUCUUUCAUGAAACUGAUUAAUUCCAUUUAUUUGAAACUGAUGAAUGGUAUGAGGCUAGCUAUACCCCCUCCCUGUUCUAUUUAAGUGAAUGUUUGCUCUGACAUUUCAGUUGAAGCUCUAAUUUAUCUUAAUGGAGGUAUCUUGAGUGAAGUCUGUACUUUGAAUACUGAAUGAUCUAUUCAUUAGCAUGUAUUAUACUCAUCAAUAUGAAGGAGACUGGGUAAAUCCUUAAAUGGAGUCAAAGCAAAAAACACACAAUGUGUCUUGCCAAAAUCAGGGCUUUUGUCAGUGAUGAAAAGAAUAUUGGGGUGCAUCGGGCGAUGUUCCGGACCUCCACUACCACAGCUAAUAAGUUGAUGCUCUUGGUUCCCGUGAGCCAAGCCCUGCAGAGCCAGCUCAUUGGCUAACGGAAGCUCCAAAGCAGGAGCUUUGAUCUCUCGCUGAGAUAGUGGAGGCAUAUGCAUACUUUAGCCGAGUUUACUUAUUUGAGUUUAUUGUCAAAUGGGAACCCGUUUUAAUGGUGACCCUUGUUAAAUGACACUUUUUUUAUUUAUUUUUUUUUUUUUAAGGGCUGUCUUCAACAUGUUAAAGUCGGUAUUUUGUGGCACACAUUGAGUUGGCUUGAGGCACAGCAAUUGAAAAGCACUGCCAUUAAUUGGUUUACCAAUGUCAUUAAACAUUUGUAUUGACCAAAGACUCUCAUUCCAUCACAUUACUUGGACUUCUUAAAUACUGUAUGUCCUAACUUGAGCUCGUGAUCUUUAAUUUGGGAAGAUUUAUUGACCUAUGUCAGGGCUCCUAGUUCAAAGACCUGUUUUUCUCAAAUUGUAACAUGAUAUUAAAUUGUCAUUGGUUGAGGUGAUCUACUUUGUGUUGUUGAUCCUGUUUAAUCUUAAACUGCUUUAAUGCUGUUUUUGUCUGUUGCAUUUUAUGAAUAAAUAAGACGAAUGCUUAACGACACAGAGCAUCCUGUACAAUAAAAUGUCUGACAGAAUAAGACUUAAGUUUAAUGGUACUUUUGGAUGCCUUCCCAGACAUCAUUUGGCAUCACCACUGUAAAUGUUGGAUUUUUGUGAUUCAAACUUUUGUGUGAAAUGGAGAAUGUCUUAACACCACAUCUCGCUUCUUCGAUAACAGGCUGUGCAACUGCAUUGAUUAGGUGGCUUGUGUCCACUUAUUGAAGUUUAUUGUGCGAUGGUAUUUUCCUAAUAAGCGUUUAAGUGUUACUAAUUUUGUCAACGUACAAUGCUUGGGAGCAAAAUUUGAGAGAUUGGAGUUGAGUAUGGCGUGCUGACUUUCAGAGGCAUGCUGUGUAGGAACAAGUGCUUGCAUGUACAAAUAUAUAGUCCCUGUCACUGAUAACUGGUGCUUGGACGUUGGCACCAUUGACCAGAGACUGGAGCAGUCUUUGGACUUUAAAGUGCUCACACCCAGGAGGCAAUGCAUUCUGGUUGCUUCCAUGUCACUGCCAACAUACUUACUCACUGGUAUCAGUUGGUAUGCAAUCCAGGGGAAGUACUUUUAGAAACCCCUUUAGUGACACCUCCCAGCUGCCAAGAAGAUAGCACAGAGGGUUUCCUUCCUCACUUGUUCUGCAAACUGUAUUGCAAAGCAGAAUUGGGCACUUCUUAUAGCGUUUCUAUGAGCAGCACUGACUUAAGUCAAUAUUAUUUUAAAUGUUAUUUUUUUGUAUUUUUGUUCAUUUUAAUAAGUUUGUCACUUUUAUAAAUGAACGUUUAUAGACCCCCCUGGCUGUCAGUCAGACAACCAGCCUUGUUCUUGAUUGUUAAGCUCAGUGGGGCUAAACUAUAUUAAGAUGUGCACUCUAUUCAUUUUGCUGUAUCUCACAAUCCUGCAAAAAUGAUUAUAGCAAAAGAUAAUGUUAAACCUUUUCUUCACAGGAACAAGUGAUACUAAAUUAUAUAUACGUAUUGACAUUUAUUCCCCUUCUACCCGCAGUCUCUUUUCCGCACAUGCCUGGUUCUGCUGGUCCAUGGUCAAGUCUGGUAGACACCUCCAAACAAUGGGAUUACUACCCUAGACGAGAGAAAGACCGAGAUCGGGAGAGGGAUCGAGACCGUGAACGAGAUCGGGAGAGGGAUAGAGAUCGCGAGCGUCCUCGAGAAAGAGAUCGGGAGAGGGAUCGAGAAAGGGAUCACAGUCCAAGUGUUGGCGCUUACAAUAGGUUAGUAAUAUUUGAGUAUCAUGUCAAUAAUUUGUAAAUCUAACUUUGUGAAAUGAUUAUGUACUUAAAUCAGCACAUUUGGGGGGGAAAAACUCUGGGACUAUACACCCAGACCACUUCAAUGAGCUGAAGUGGUCUGGAUGCCCAUAGUGUCCCUUUAAAUCAGUAAUUGUGGUGAAUUGAUGAUGUAAUUAAUUUAGUUUAAAGCUGCACUGUCAAGCAUUUCUCAAUCUUGCCUAUCUCAGAGUCUGUUCUUUUUAUUUUUAUUUUUUUAUUUCUGAUCUAGUUUUCUUAAACAUAAGAGUAGGUACUAUUUGUCUUAUGUAUUUUUCCAAGCUUGACUUUCUUUGACUCAAGGAGGAGCUUCAGUAAGCUGAACUUCCCGUGUCAAAGAAAAUUUCCCCAUCAUACUCCCCCUCCAUGUUAUCGCGUUUCCUACAAUCGCUAUUUCAGAACAUCAUGUCAUUUAGACUACGGUACUGACGAAAUUACGUCCAAACAGGCCAUUCAUGUUCGGAUGAAAUUCAGUCAAUGGGUUCGGAUUUUAAUUUGGGAGAAUUAAAUUCAGGGCCAUGGCUGCAUCUUGCUGCUGUUUAGUAGAUAGCCCCUAAAUCCCACAAGGACUAGGGAGCAAUCUGCUAAAAAGCAGAGUAGAAAAUUGAUCUUUCAGCCAACUUUACUAAUAUGAAGAAAAAUAUUUUGUAUUUGUAAAGAGUUAAAAUUCUUCCUCCUGCGCCUCUCUGAAAGUAGGGGCAUGUCAACUAAGCAGUGAGUCCCUUCCAGUUCAAUAAAUAGUGAAUAUAGCACUUAUUAUAAUAAUAAUUAACAGGAGUGGGAGGCAUAGUGUCUCCCUUCAGCCCCUGCCUGUGCCUUGUGAGUGGGUGCUAUUAAACUAUAAGAGGAACCUAUUUUUACCACUCCAGCCCCCACCCAAUAGUUGUGGAUGUGGGCCGUAAGUAGUAAUGGGGAGGGGACCCUAAACAAUCUUGUUGAUCAUAAAUUGCCACUCGGAGGGCUCUGCAACCUAAGCUUUGUGGGGUUUGGAAAGGCUCCCAUGCCAUGCAAUUUGACUGAGCAUUCUGGCUUAGGACGACCACCAGUGUGCACUGACAGGUAAAUCUUGAGCCUUGCAGGUAAGGUUUAGUAGACAUGCCCCUACUCUCAGCACAGCAAUUAAAGGCAGAAGAUAGAUUUUAACCUUCCUUAUGACAAUGUGGGGGUCAUAUUGACCCCCCGUAAAGGGAGGAGGGUGCAUGGGAGGGGGGAGGGAUUUGGGGGGAGUGGCUGGGAGCACAGCUCCUCGCCAAUUUCUGUUUUUUCACAUAUUGCACGGAGGGAGCCGGUAGCUCCCUAAUUGAAAUUAGGUCUUCAUUUGUUGUAAUAUCUAUUUGUUCAUUUUUUAUGACAAAUGGAUUAAUAGCAGAAUGUUCACAAUAUCGGUUGCCCAAGAGUUGAACUGGGCAUGUGUGUUAAUUUCAUAGUGCAAGCUAGUGUGGGCAGAUGACUUCUCCUGCAGGGCAUUCAUCUUGGGGAAAAACUAAGAUGGUGGUGCUUGGAGAUAGAUCUGGACAUGAAAUAGAGGUUUAAAAAGGUGAAAUGGGGGACGUCGAGGUAUUUGAGUGUGACUAGGGGGACCAUAACAUUUAGGAGUCGGGAGAGUGGUUUAAAAAUCCACAUUCGGACAUGACAGUGCCUCUUUAAAUUCUCUAACUUGAUUGUAUGUAUUGUGUAGGUGUGGUCUAUAUAAUUCACAAAAACUGGUCAAACUCAAUAUUGUUUUUUUGUGUUUUUUGUCACUAACAAGUCUAGUUCUGCAAUGUAGUAUUGUAUGAAAAAUGACAUAUAUGCAUUUGCAGCUUUUAAAAGUCUUGGAAAUAGAAUUCAUUAAACUUUGAAAUGGUUUUAUAUAUGAUUUUUUGUGGGAAGAUUUACUUUUUAAUGGUCAUGAAACAAAAUGUAUCUGCUUUAUGCGUUGAUUGUUACUAUAAGAAUCAUCCAGCAUGUUCAGCGCUGCCAUAAUACUCCGGUGGGCUAAACCUGCGGCAGUGAAUUCUACUAUUGGGGAAGGGCCUGGUACACCGGAUGACUUAAUGCAUUUAGUGAUGUUCUGGAACACAAUGAACACACAGAGAACAGUACACAGUGAACCAGAUGUGCUUGAGCUUGCAACAUCACAUUAACAAUUAAACAACCCCAUCCCCUUAUUAAUGAUUUAAGAUUGUUGCCAUGCUAAGUACCAUAAUGUGUCAGUAUGACAGUGAGAGCAAACUUUUGCUCUACUUUAAAGGGACCCUGUAGGCACCCAGACCACCUCAGCUAAUUGAAGUGGUCUGAAAGCUGUGUCCCUUUUGCACUUAGUACUGCAAUGUAAAACAUUAAACGCUUUCCUAUGGGGAGGUCUAAUGCUCGCGCGGCCAGUCCCGCGCAUGCGCAUUAGGUCUCCCCGCCGGCUGACAUUGGUGGGGGAGGUGCGUGGGCGAAACCGGACUCGGCGCUGAUGGACAUCGCAGCUGGAUUCAGUUAAGUAGCUGAAGGGGUUUUAACCCCUUCAGUGACAUGGGAUGGGGGGCACUCCAGGAUUCUCUAGUGCCAGGGAAACGUUUGUUUUUCCUGGGACUGGAGAAUCCCUUUAAGAAGGAUUUUGGUUUUCCUUUUUUCCCACUAAGCAUUAUAGAACAUCUGAAGUGACUGUAGAAAUCAUCGUUCAGUUACUCCUUGUAAAAGCAGGGCUCCAAAUUUCCUCUUGCCACUAUCCAUUGGCGAGUGAAGAUUUAGUUCUGUUGAGUGUGACAUGGGCCCUUCAGGUUUGCAGUAACUUAAAUGUUGGCUUGUGGAAAAUAACUUGAAAUUUCCAGGCAUUUAAGGCACUCAUUAGCCUGAAUAUAAAUAUCCCAAAUGUCCUGUUCUUUACUCUAUGGAGUCACUAGGAGUCAGUGUUGGCUUUUCCAUGUCAUUUGUUUACUAAACGACUUUUGAAAUGGGCGGAGUUUUUUGUUUUGUUUUUUGUGGUGUGGGGUAAAUGCAGCAUAUCAACAUGUAGAUGAAAUACUAUUAACUAGUACAUUUUUGUUUGUGCUCUGUAGUUACAGUCCUGUAAAUGGCGUGCGUUUUGUGUUACAAAUUACAGGGCGAGUGUUUGGAAGUUAAGAAACAGUUUCCACAUCUGUCUAGCAGACAGUUUGAUUCCGAUCCAAAGAAAUCCUGAAAUGGCUUCUUUAACCCAUGCAAUGUUCAAAAAGCUUGUCCUUGUGCUGUGUUCUAGGCUCUGAUAGUUGGAGACUUUAAUUUAAAGCUUAAUAGUUUCCAGACCGAGCCAGGUCAUUCUGCUAUUACCAGCUAUGAAAACAGAGGCAUCUAAGGGGAGGCUUUAACGUCCACCCUCUGCAGUCCCCCACCCAUUUUCUUAUUCUCCUCUUUGUGUUUAAAUUGUCCCCUGUGUUCAGUGUUGCCAUAUGGUUUUCCUUGAUUUAACCAGCCAUCUUGUGAUUAAAAACAGCAAAGGAGUUAUGAAUCUGGAUAACAAUAGUUUGGUGUUUCUCUGCUUUUUGCAUCCAUACAUAAUCUUGUUUUUCUUUCUUUUUUUCUUUUUUUUUUCUUUUUUUUUGUACACUAAAAAGAUAAAUAAAAAUUAGUAUGGUACACUCGAUGGAGUUAAUCAGAGGGUUCUGUCUGGGUAGUGACUGAUCCAUAGUCUAAACCAAUCUGUUUAUUGUUCAAUAUACAAGGUCAGUGAAACUCUUCACUUUUAGAUAAGAGAUGUGUUUGAUUUCAUUUUGGGUUUAAUAUAAGCCAUAUGUAAGAUACUGUGGUUUGUUUUUUGGGGGGGUGAGGGGAUGUUUGUCCUCCUAUGCUCGUUUGUAAUAUAUUUUGGUUUUUUUUUUUUUUUUCGUGUGCACUGGUGAAAACUGCUUGUGUCAAAAUUGUGGUUACUCUGCACUUAAUGUCUUAAUCUGAACAUGACACUUGAUCUGUAGAGAACUGAAGUGGCCUCACUUUCGAACUUGAACGGUUUGUCACAUCACAUUGUAUGCAGUGACCGCAUAUGCAGAUUGCAGUAAUGCUAAGAUGUUAACAGGAUCAUCCCUUUAAGAUAUUUUUCAUGUAAUGUCUUUCUGUGAAUACUUUUUUUCCACCAUAACAAAUAAGUCAGUUGUUAAGCAUUAAAAGAAUUUUGCUUUUUGCUUACAACCUCAUCUGGGCUCGGAAGGAGCAUAAGGAAUCCUCAUUUGGCCAGCAGUGACCCUAUCUGUACAGAUAAUUAUUCAAAAUAGCAGACACACGGUGGUAGAAUGGAAGUGUUCCAAUUUCCAUGCAGUAGGCUGGAGUUCCACGCUCACUCCUCUGGUGUAGUACAUUUUAUAGUGCUCAGACGUGGCUAACCAAACUAUGUGAUGUUGUGCCAGAUACAUUUUGAUUUACCAGAGCCAAAAGACAUAACAUACUACUGUGAUUCAUAUCAAUAUCCAAGUCUGUGCGCUAAAAAGACUUUGUUCAUUCAAGUGUUUAGAGAAUUCUUUCAAUUUCCUUCUAAAAUAGUGAUUUAAAAGCAAGUAAAUUGUCUGUACCCAGAAAAACACUUAUAUAGCAUCGCUGAAAUAAAGUGUGGUUUUUAAAACUUCAUUGAAUUCUCAAAUAAGGGCUAACAGCCAAGUCAGACCGUUGCUCUCCUCCACAAAUGAGAGCGUUUUAUUUUUAUAGCAUGUCUUCAGUAUGGAAUAUUGAUGUAUGUGUAAAUGCAAGGCUUCUGCUGUGUCCUACAAAACCAAGUUCCACCAACAGAAAGGUGAAUGGUUGCAGCUCUGCUCAAGCUAUCCUUGCAGUCUAGGAGAUGGGAGAAUAACCUUUAUUUCUCGUCUGUGUGUGUAUAUACAAAAGGGAUUUGGAAGUCUUUGAAUAGAUCGAAAAAGCACAAACUCUAAAAGAAAUGUUUGGAAACUAUUGUUUCUAGGUCAUUGUUGGGGAAUUUUGUGUCAAUUUGCUUGACAAGAGCUUUGCCCAUCAACCAAUAGAAAGGGGUUUGCAUUGCAGUGUAAUAUAUGAUUACAAUGAUAUAAAUCUGUCUUCUGUAGUUGUAUUACUCUUCUAGAUUCAUGAUUGCUAACCCAAGCACCAUAGAUUCAGCAGCAUUUCCAGUUGCUCAAGAUCUACUGUAGGAUUGCUGAACUUAUCUCUGGGGCCACCACACUGAUCACGAACCUUUGUUCCUUUAUUCUGAAGGAGGAAAAAAAUGCCCCAAUAUCACAAGGUGUCAUAACAUUGCCGUCUUGAGUUCACAGGAUUUUGAACAGAACAAUGUGAAGACUGUUGCUUGAGAGUGUGCAAACAUGUCUCUGUUCUGCCAGCAGGUGUAUCACCCACACGUGUUUAACCUAUGACCCCUGCUUCCCUCAAUAUGUUACCGAACAUUUCUUCCUUCCUGUUUAUUUACAUGGUAGUUAAACCUCCCCUUCCUACUCAUUCCCUUGGUGUUAGUCUUCAAGUAUAAUCAGCUCAUCUGUGUGCUUUAUUUACAUUUUCAUAGCAGAUUUAGUAUUAAGGACAAGUGCUUUUGUUUCCCUUGUUAGCCUUCAAUAGUAUGCUUCUAUUGCUUAAUAUUUAUUUUACAGAUUUGCAGCAAAUAAAAGAUAUUGGUGCCUUUUUCAUAGAUGUCCUUUAAUGAUGGAAGUAAAAUUACAUGUCAGCUUGAACUCCUUUUAGCUGGUCUGGCAUGACUUGAGGGGUUUAUAUUUCUAAUAAGUGGGGGUGGGUGUAACCGACAAGUAUCCCUUCAGCUGUUUUGCUAUAGGCUGACAAAGCAUCAUGGAACUUUCAGAAGCUGUAAGGAUACACGCUGACUUGUUUGGAUUUGUUUUUCUUUACGUGCUUGCCUAUUAAAGCGGCACUGUCAUGCCGAACUUACCUUUCCUCAAUCUCUUCUUCCCAUCUCUCAGGAUCUGUUAUACUUUUCUUCCUAUCUUCCUUACUUUUCUUUAAAAUCCUAAGACAAAGUAGGGACUCUUUGCCUUAUGGAGGAUUCCUCCGCUUGACCAGCUCUGACCAGCGGAGGAGCAAAGUGUGCUUCAUUUCCGCUGGUCAGAGCAAUUUUCCCAUGAUCCUUACCUUCCCUCUCUGUUCCCGCGAUGCUUCCUGUCACUUUACACAAAACUGCCGAAUUGCGUUCUAACUGAAUGAGAACAGUAUGUUCGUUUGUUUUAGAACGCAAUUCGGCACUUUAUUCGGAUCGGAAUUUCAUUAGAAUGAAUGAAACUCCGAUCCUAUUCAUUGCUGUGGCUGCAUCUUGCAGCCGCUUAGUAGAUAACUCCCUAAUUCCCACGGUAUCAGGGAGUUAUCUACUAAAAGGCUGAAAGACCUAAAUUGGUCUUUCAGCCACAUUUACUAAUACUAAGUAAAGAUUACUUAGUAUUAGUAAAUUAAAUGCCCCUACUCGCUAUAUCGCGAGUAGGGACAUGUGUAGUAAGCAGUGAGCAGCUUAUAGCUGCUCACUGUAAGUAAAAAAAUAAAAUUAAAAUAAAAAAAAAAAACCUACUGGCCCCCACCCCUGAGCGGUGGGUGGGGGCCCUAAUAAAACAAUAAGGGGGGGACCUACUGUCCUGGCCCGCACCCCUGAGCGGUGGGUGGGGGCCCUAAUAAAACAAUAAGGGGGGGACCUACUGUCCUGGCCCGCACCCCUGCGCGGUGGGUGGGGGCCCUAAUAAAAUAAUAAGGGGGACCUACUGUCCUCCCUGAGCCUGGUGGGUGGGGGCCCUAAUAAAACAAUAAGGGGGGGACCUACUGUCCGGCCCCCACCCCUGAGCGGUGGGUGGGGGCCCUAAAUAAAGAUAUGGGGGGGGGACUUCUGUUUCCCCACCCCUGAGCGGUGGGUGGGGGCCCUAAUAAAACAAUAAGGGGGGGGGGGGACCUACUGUCCUCCCCCCUGGCCCCCACCCCUGAGCGGUGGGUGGGGGCCCUAAUAAAACAAUGGGGGGGAACUUCUGUCCCCCGGCCCCCACCCCUGAGCGGUGGGUGGGGGCUCUAAUAAAACAAUAAGGGGGGGGACCUACUGUCCUCCCCCCUGGCCCCCACCCCUGAGCGGUGGGUGGGGGCCCUAAUAAAACAAUGGGGGGGAACUUCUGUCCCCCCCCCCGGCCCCCACCCCUGCGCGGUGGGUGGGGCCCUAAUAAAACAAUAAGGGGGGGGACCUACUGCCUUCCCCCCCCUGGCCCCCACCACUGCGCGGUGGGUGGGGGCCCCAUUAAAACAAUAAGGGGGAGGGACCUACUGUCCUCCCCCCCUGGCCCCCACCCCUGAGUGGUGCGUGGGGGCCCUAAAUAAAGAUAUGGGGGGGGGACUUCUGUCCCCCACCCCUGCGCGGUGGGUGGGGGCCCUAAUAAAACAAUAAGGGGGGACGACCUACUGUCCUCCCCCACCCCUGCGCGGUGGGUGGGGGCCCUAAUAAAACAAUAAGGGGGGACCUACAGUAGGUCCCGUUGCCCCCACUUUGUUUUGUGGGGCCCCCCACCCACUCAGGUGGGGAGUAGAAAGAGGACAGUAGGUUCCCAUGUGUGCAACUUUUACCUCCCAUCAGAGCAGACCCCCCCCUCAUUAUCUUCAUGGCCCCACCCGCCGCUCAGGGGUGGGGAGGAAGGACAAUAGGUUUUUUUUUUUUUUUUUUUUUACAGUGAGCAGCCACAGGCUGAUCACUGUUUAGUAGACAUGCCCCUACUUGCGGUAUAGCGAGUAGGGGCCUUUGGGAGAUUUUAAUCUCCCUUGUGCUAUUAUGGGGGUCAUAUUGACCCCCAUAGAGUGAGAGGGGGACCUGGGGGGGUUUAUGAAGUGGUGGGGAGCACUGCUCCAUGCCGCUUCUAUCGUUACAUAUUACAAGGAGGGAGCUGCAUGCCGGUAGCUCCCUCCUUGUAAUAAACUGAACGAACAAACGAACACUGAUACAUUGUGUUAGUUUGUUCGGCUGAUCUUUCUAUUCAUUCAUUCGUCUGUCUGAUGAAUGAAUGAAUAGAUGAAAUUCCCGUUCGCAUGUCCAGGUGUUUCACUGGGCAUGUGCGGGAAUCUCACAGGCUAUCUAGUGUGGGCAGAUGACAUGUCCCACAGGGACUUCACCUACCCACACAAAGAUGGCGGCGCCCUGAAUCAAGAUCGGGGCAGAAAAUAAGGAUUAAAAAAUAGGUAAUGUGGGGGGCUUAGGGGCAUUUGGGGGUGACUAGUGGGUCAAUUGGAUGUAGUGGAGGCUGGAGGGGGGUUAAAAAAAAACCAAAAAAACAAGAUUUGGCAUGACAGUGCCGCUUUAAGAAAAAAGUUGAACGUUACAAUCUUCCAGUCUAUUUCUAACCUACUUGUUUAAAUUAAAAUGAGCAUUUGUUUUCCCAAAUUGUAAAAUCUGCUAAUAAUAAAAUGGACUCCUUACUAGCGUUGCGCUCUAUUCUAUAUAUUUGUGAUUUACCGGCAGCCUGUUUGUUGAUCAGAAAAAUAAAAUAAAAAAAUCUACAGGUUAGAGACACUGGAAUAAAACCUUCCUAGCUAGCCUUAUUCUUUUAUAAUGCACCAAAACAUUUAGUAGCGCUGUAAAAUGGAAUUGGUUUCCAGUGUGCCAGUAAGAUAAGUGCCCCCCUCCCCCACAUCAAAUAACAAUUGUAAGUUGUUUUACAUGUUGCAGAUUUUAGUUUUAAAGUAUGGAUACUACUGGUGCAAGCAGACUUUGGGUGCCAUCCAUCUUGGGUUUUUUAGUGAAAUAAUGUUUGUGCCAUUUGACAAAUUGGGGAGUUCCUAGCAUUCUCCAACAACUGCUUACAUACUGUGGAGUUUUUGCUGCUGGCAAAAAACUAUGUUCAUAAUUUCAAGCUUGACUAGUAGAGUGGGCGUUUUCUUGAUUCUGGUCUGGAUACUUGGUCAGAAUUUGACAGUGGCAUACUCUGGUUACACUGACUGAGUAAAAUACCCCCAAACAGAUAUUUGCAUUUCCUUUUUUUUUUUUUUUUUAUUGCGGUAGCACACCAACUUUGACAUAACAUUUAAAUUCUUCCUUUGGAGAACAUAUCUUUAUUUAAGUGACUGAUAAACACUUGUGCUUCAUGCAGCCAGUGGGAUUUGAGUUUGGUAAUUUCCUUUUCUUUGCAGUGAAGAAGAACGCUACAGAUACAAAGAGUACACAGAUCGAACGGAGCGGGGGUAUGAACGGCACAGAGAGAGAAUUAGCAGAGAAAAGGAGGAAAGACACAGGGAAAGGAGGCACAGAGAAAAAGAAGAGACAACCCGGCAUAAAUCAUCUCGGAGGUAAUAUGUUGCAAAUGAAGGUUUUGUUUCAUUUAAAAAAAAAAAAAAAAAAUCCAUUUGACUAUGAACGGAAAGACAAAGCAUUUAGUUCUGAUUUCUCUAAAAUGAAAUAGGUCGAAUUUUUUUUUUAGUAGUUUGUAAUGUACAUUUGAAAAGGCUGAAAUGGAGUGGCUUUUUUAGGAGGCAGAGUACCGCACUCCCACACCAGCACAAAUAUAUGUCAAUGUGAGCUGUACAGCAGCCGCUACAUAAUCAUAUUGAGACAGAAAGCAGGUGCCAGUUUCUAACCUGCACCCUACCCUUUCAACUUCCAUUUCCUCCUUCUGCAUGCAGGUAAGCAAAACGAGGAAGGAGUAUUACAACUUUGUGUCAUAGUGUUUGUACCUGGCUGUGUGUGCAUGCUUGUAAGAGCUCCUGUUCCAAAUUAGGUUGGGUUGUGUGGUAAGCAACUUAAAUGGUUUAGGCCUUAAGGACCAUCCUCUGAUUCUGUUUUAAACGGUUUUCACUGUCUAGACAGAUUUCGGUUCCCUUUAGCCUACAGCUAGACCUCUUUUUACUUAUUGCAAACAUGGAAGCUGUGAUUCUGUGAUAGUCAAAAUGGAUAUCACUGCGAGUUCUAGCAGACCCACAUUGGCAUUAAGGAAAGGAGCCAGGCUGUGAGCACCACAGAGAUAGUCGCUUUGUGUCAAAUGGUUUGACACAGAAAUAAGGAUUGGAGAUCAUUAGAACUCCCUGCACCAGCAGAAUAUGACUGGUCAAUGAAAUUAAACCAGUAAGCCAUGUAGAUUUUUCAGCAGCAUAAUAAAAGCUAUUCCAAUCGUAAAUUGCUACGGUUGCCUGUUUUAGCGGUUUGGAUAGACGUGUGUGUCAUUUCUCCCACCAAAAAGAGAUUGUUUGGUAUAUCCAGUGUAACAAGGUUUGUAUUAUGCUUGCAAUCAUUUCCUGAUUAGUUUUAAUUCUCCACUUUAAUUCUUUAUUUACUUUAAAAUAUACAUGUGAAUAAUUCUUCCCAGUUCCUUCCUUACUACAAAAGAAUAAUUUCCUUUUGAAGCUGAAGCAAAUCAUUUGUAGCUCUCAACUGAAUAAACUACCUCUGGUGUAGAUAUUUUACAAAGUAUUAUGUUUUCAAUAAAUGGCCAUUUUGCAAAUGUUACCUGAUGGAACACUAUUACACUGCAAAGCAUUGAAUAUUAGAAUGAUUUCAGGUUUGUGUGAAGAAUAUGUUUAUGCUCUUUGAAACAACCUUCUGCAGAGAAGACUCCAUUGAUACAAGGGGCUUUUUAAGGCACUUGGUAUCCUUAAGGAAAUAUAUGGUAAAAGCAUAGAUAAAGAUCGUUUUGAGGUUCUACACUUAUACCUCUGUGCUAUUGGAAUAUAGAGCAAAGGCUGACAGGAUUAUUUAGAAAAGUGCAAUUUUGGAGUGAAUUUUACAUUUUAGACCAAAGUGACAGCAUAGCCGACUUAGACUUUGGCUAUUUUGACCUUAAAUUUGAAAUUCACUUUGAAUUCCGACUUUAGUGGACAACCUUGUCAAACUAUAAUGAUCCAAUGGAUUGUGUGCUCUGCUUCUUGUACAGCAUUGCAGGAUAAUCGGUGUGCAACUACAGUUAGCAAGGCUUCAUCCCACAUUAACCAAAAAGGCAGACAUGAAUAAAUGUCUUAAAGGGACACUGUAGUGCCCAAAACAACUUUAACUACUUUAGGCGUAUAGAUCACGCCCCAGCAUUCUCUCUGCACAAUUAUCAGCCAUUUAGUAGUUAAACUACUUUUUGUUUCUGUUUAUGCUGCCCUAGCCACACCUCCCCUGGCUGUGACUCACACACUCUGCAUGUUAAAAGAUAUUCUCGAUGCUAUAAACUUUUGAUUUUCCUCUCCGACUCUGUAAAUUUAACUUGAAUCUCACACAGGAUGCUCCUGCAGGCUAUUCAUAGAGCAGAAGAUAAAUUCUCAAAUGGUCUGUGCAAUAAAGGAAGUUUAAACAUUAGUUCUCUCUUUACAGGAAAUGUGUAGGGAGACAUCCUACAUCAUAUACAGAGACAUCCUCUAAAAAUGAAAAAUACAACAUGCCACAAGUCUAGAUUCAUAGAAGAAUGGUUUAGAACAUUUUUGUGAUUUAUAUAUCCAAAAUAUUUGGGUGGGUCAGUCACCACAGCUGUAUCUGAAAUGCUUUUUGCCUUGUGCAAACCUUCAAGUUAUUUUCCUGAGACACUUAAAAUAUCUACCUAGACUACACUAGGUGUGUGCUGAUUUAGUUGUGAUUGCAAAAGAUUUCUGAAUGAUGACCCUUUAAGUUACAAGAAAUCUAAUCAAGGUUAAUUGAAACAGCCAUUGGCACAAUGUAUCCUCUAUGCCAGAAAGUCAGAAUGAUUAAAUACAUUUUAUUGUUUUAUUACUCAUUGAAUCUGUGAUUUGCUUUGAGAGAGUGAAGACAACCCUGCCUGUGAAACUUUUUUCCCUCCCAGUAUCUACACAUUUAAUUAAUUCCUACCUUUCCCUAGCAGCAGCAGGCGCCGUCAUGACAGCGAAGAAGGUGACACUCACAGGCGGCACAAACACAAAAAAUCCAAACGAAGCAAAGAAGGGAAAGACACCGGAGCGGAACCUGCGCCAGAACCAGAAAGUAUUGAAGGAUCAAAUGCUGAUUAGGCAGGCCUCACCAGAAUCCAGUGCAGAAGCUAUCAGUUUUACUAAGAUGCAUUGUGGUCCAGAAAACCAAUAAAUCAAUAUUUUGUCUAGGAUAUUGAAGUAUAAUUUUUUUUUUCCUCUGUAGUGUGACCUUGUUUCAAUUUUGUUACACUUUACCUUUUUGUUUGAUAUCUGCGGGAAAUAAAGAGGGGAUUUUUUUCCAUGUUUAGGUUAUUAUAUUGGCUUCUGUCUUUCCCUUUUGUUUUGUUGUGUGGAUGUGUCCAGUAAAAUUUGAUUCUAACAUGUUCCUUGUUCACUGAUUUUUCUAUAUACAAAAGAAAUUUUGGGAGAUGCAAGUUAUGAUAGAUGUAUGGAUCACUGGCUCCUGUGUACUAUUUGAGCAAUUUGCUUUAUGGUAAACACAUGGAGAUGUUAUUGAACAUAUCUGAGUUCAUAACCAUUGGACAGUGCAAUGAUUUAGGUUAGGUUUAUGUUGAAAUUACUGGGCUACAUAUUGCCUGCUCCAGAGGGAUGGAGAAAUGUUUGUGUGAUAGUAUUCAUUUGGAGGAAUCCCUCAGGUAUCAAAUCACUUUAAACUUUAAUGAGACGUAAUAUUAGUUUUGUUGAUUUUAAAAACCAGGUUAUGUAUGUUCUAAAACAUGUC